CUCACCCCUCCACUAUCACUGAUCCAAGGCCACAUCAUCAGAGCGGAUAUCUGCUUUCACUUCUCCUACAAGAGUCUGACUUUAACCACCAAACUCAGCGCAUGUGAGUUUCCUGUUUUUGAAGAGGAGCGAGCUCUGAACUGCACAUUCAUCACAAUCCCGGGACAAUGACUCAGUAGCUGAGAAGAAGGUGGCUUGAGGGCGGCAGUGGUCUCAUCUGGUCUCCUCCACAAGGGCAGCGCAGUCUCUCCCCCUCUCUCCUCUCUUCUGCGCGCAGUGUUUCUUUAAAAGGCUGAACUCGCCGGUCUGUGAGCAGGGUUAGGCUCACCGCUUAGACUCAGCUGUGUGUCCCCUUCCAGUAGUGACAUGGCACAGAGGCGGUGAGCUGUCCGUCAGCAGCAUCCUGCACCAUGGACGCUCUACGGCGGCCGCAGCGGAGCGGAGCCUGCGCCGCGCUGAGCACCACGAUGCCCGUGUGGAUCUUACUGAGCGCGGUGUCGGGACUGAAAGCAGAGGACGACGGUAUGGAAGAACUUGCCACGGAGAAGGAGGCGGAGGAAAGUCACCGCCAGGACAGCGUUAAUUUGUUGACAUUCAUUCUGCUGCUGACCUUAACAAUCCUCACCAUAUGGCUCUUCAAACACAGACGGGUCCGUUUCCUUCACGAAACCGGUCUGGCAAUGAUUUACGGUGAGGCUUAUAGGAUUAAAUAUUGAAUGCACAAACACACUCUCCUUCACAAACAGCAGCACCACCUUCCCGCAGGCUUUGCAUGAUUCAGUGUCCCUGGUGGUUGUACAGCGGCUGCACACAGGCGAUCGGAGGGGAAAGCUGGGAGGACAGAGAGCUUUUAAAGCUAAAUAAAUGCUCCAAAGGCGCCUCCGCAUUUCCAUCAGCUCACACAGAUCCUAAUUGGCUGGGCCACUGCUAGUUUCUAGAAGGUGCUGUUAGCUUCACAGCUCUGUGAAACUCUGCAGUGGGCUACUGCGUGCAGCUGUAUCCCUCUCUGUAGUUCUCUGACAGAUCUGGGGCCACUCACACUCUGCUGUGAUGUUAUAGAUUACAUUUUAGUGACCUUAACGUAGAGUAUGUUAUGUUUUAUUCCCAUUAUGAUGCAACCAGGAGAGAUUUCAGACUGUCUGUGGGUUCUUCAAUUACCAAAAGAGCAACAAGAAAAAGCUGAGAGACACAUAUGGAAUAAAACACAGUCAAAAAAUUGCAUGUUUACCAUAUAUACACACUAACUUAGCCUAAAUUUGAUGUGUAGGUUCAGCCAGUGUAGGUUUUUUGCAGGUCAAACUAUCAUAAGUAUGCAUCCAUCUUGAAUAGCAAGAUUAUUUUGGUUGUGAAGAACAACAAAAUAAUAAUUAUAAAAUAAAAUAACAACUGUAAACUCAACCAAAAGUAGGAUUGCAUAUAACCACUAACAUAAAUCAGAAGAGUGUGACGGUAUGUUGUUAGACACAUAUUUAAGUGAGACUUUAGUACAUUCCACAGUCGGCUACAUCCUCAAACAUGCAAACUAACCUGCAGUUAACCUAGACUAACAGUAGUCUUCAGCAGUGAAAGGCUCACCUCAGCUUUCUGUCCUAAUGAUUAAUGGUGCCGUGGAUGUUUGCAGGGCUUCAUCUGAGCAUCAGAUGUUUGCAGUAAGCAUGAAUGCAUGUGAAAUAGGUUUUUCAUGAUAAGGACUUAAUUGUGCAUGUUCGCUGCAUGAUGGUAAAUUAAAGAUGGUGAAAGUAAAGCAGAGCGUCACAUCUGUCACACCCACCAGCUGUGGCUUGGCUGUGUUUCUGUGCCAGUCUUUAUUUAUUAUCCCAGAAGAACUUUGUGUUUAACCACCUGAUCUGUGUUACAUCCUCUAUUGCAAAAACUAAGGCUCUAGAAAUUUCCCCUUUGCUCAUUGCAUGCAAUUAUUAAGUACCAAAUCUGAACUAUGAUUUUUGUUUUUCUAAGGCCUUAGUGGUAUUUGAUUCUCAUGAUGAUCCUGCUCAUGAUUAGUGUCCCAUUUAUCUUCUGGGGCCUUAAGAUGGUUGUGAAUGGCGGUGUAAAUACUCUUGUUAUUUGAUGCAGACAAACAGUCAUGGUCCGUAGUUUGUCAACUGCUUGUUUUCAAGCAGAUGACAAACUGUAGGCAGGAUAUUCACAAAGCUGCCACAAUGCAAUUUAGAUUCAGUAUGAUUCAGGGUUUGCAAACCGUACUAGGCAGCAUAAAAAGGCCUUUGUAAUACCAUUAACAACAUUUCUUAAAACUUUUCUUGGGGUUCCAUAGGACGAACCUCAGAAGUUUUUCUGUAAAAUUGUGUAAUUGCGGGAGAUUAUCUCCUGGAUUGUCUGGAACAGUACACAUCGCCUCACUUGGAGCAGUAGUUUACUCACUCAUGUGAACUGUCCUGUUGAUGGAGGCAGCUGUUCUGUAGGGUCACUCAGGAGAAAUAAUGCUGGCUCUAGCUUUAUUGUUUGGUGAAAACUGAGUCAAGUUCCUUCUCAACAUUUUUCCAAUACUUGAAUAUUAAUGUAUGUUGCACUGAUAGUUAGUUCCAAUGUCUCUUUUACUCUUUUCACAGAGGGGAGAGAUCUGGAGGUUUAGUUUGUUUGGAAAUAGAGGUGUCCAGUGUUCUCUGUGUAAGUUAAACAUGUUUGAGGGGGCUGGGCUUUCUGGCUUUCUCCUACAGUCCAGAAUCAUGCUAGUCAGGUAGAACAGUCACUGUAUAUUGCAUGUAGGUGUAAGAGGUAAAGAGAAAGACAGAAUCCAUUUGGAUCAUAUGGAGGCUAAGAGCUUUGCACAUUGUGGGAUAAUUAAGGGUGUGGUCCAUUGACAGACAGGUGUGUGUGUGUGUGUGUGUGUGUGUGUGUGUGUGUGUGUGUGUGUGUGUGUGUGUGUGUGUAUUGUGGCUGUUUGCAAAACUAAGGUGAGGAUGAGGUAUCAGAGGUAUCAAAGUGAUACCUGCUGAUUUUGUUCUGUUGUAAGUGUAGCUUGCGCUUCUUCACAAAAGCUCAUCCGUUCUUUCCCAUGUAACACUGUAACACUAAUUAGGAGUCUAAGAAACAUGAAAAAGGCUGUAUCAGCAGUGUUAAGCUUAUCACUCGGUCUGAUCCCACCACCUUAUUGCUUCCACACAUGAAGAAAAUAACUCUAUAGAAGUAGCCUUCAUGCUUAAUAAUCAUUUGACUUGUUUUUUAGGCCAUAAAGAGACAUUAUUAUUAGUUUCUGUUUGUUUCAGGCCUAGCUAAAAACUCUUCACUGGAGCUAUAAUGACAGAACAUUAUGUUUUUUACUUUGUUUCAGUAAAGUACAAUGGUUAAUAAUUUUAUCCUCUAACUGACUAACACUGACAAAUCAAUGCACAUACUUGAAGUCUUUAUUCUACCAUCAUCAGUUUGUUGUGUUGACUGGAUUUGCAGCAUUCCAUUCCAUUUCCUCUUGAAUGUGAUAUCUGCUUUUAUGUGUUUGUCUUAGUUUGGAUUAAUCAUUGUGCAAGUAUCCAUCAUGUGAACUGGUAUUGCAGCUGGUUUGAUUCUUUGCAGCCCUUUCUUUCCAUAUGCAGUGUAUUUACAUCAUUGCAUUCUUGGGAAUUUUGCACGUGUGUUUUCUAAUUUGCAUUUUGAUUUAAAUUUGCAGCAUGUUCAUCAUUAUUGAAAUCAUUUGGUCCAUUAAGCUUGAUUGCCCCUGCCUGCUCCUGUGCUAUGAGACUGUAUGUCUGUGAUUCACUUUUCACCCAGCUGCACACAGACUUUUCCUCGAGGACUAUAGAGUUAAAGCAUAGAUGGAGUUUGAUCACAGGAAGGUUCACUUUAUAGCAGAAAACAUUGACUUAAAUAGGCUAAACUUGCAUGCAUGUUGAUUUUAGGGUCUGAAACAAAUUUCCUGGAGUGAUAGACAGCAGAUCAAAAAGGUUUAUCAUCCAACUAAAAACAAAUCUAGUGACAUUAUUAUAGUAAGUGUGACUGUUUUUUUAAAGGUGUCUCACUCUUACCAGCUCUGCUUGUGUUUUUGUCUCACGGUGCAGCAUUUCAGUGCAGCAGAUGUCACUUAUUAACCAGAUUCCACAUAAAAAAGCCAGACUUUGAUUUGUUUUUUUUUUAUGCUUAAAAAGAGAAGUGCCCUUUGGCAUUCUUCCAUUUUAAACGGCUAAAGUAGUUUCAUUGUCCUGCCUUACAAAAAUGGAGAACCUCUAGACAGUUAAGGUCAAAUACAGGCUGACAAUCAUAAGUUCCUGACAUGGGAACAUAAAUUUCACCCACUUAAUGUGUUAUAUGCUGUAAAAUGAGUGUAUUCACCCUUUAUGUAUUUGUCAGGGGAGUGAACUGUCUUUUAUAAUUACUCUUUUCAGUGUGUUGAGUAAAAUCUGAUGAAGUUAAGUUGAGUGAGAUGGCACUGUUUGUCUUCUUGGACUCUCACCAGUGUAAUAAUGCUGCCAAUGGAGCGAUUGAUCUGCUGUACAAAGAGCAGACUGCACACCAAAGCUUGUUUUCAAAGCUGGUUUAUUGUCACUUGGUUAUUUUUGCUUCGUAACCAGCACAAAUGAAUGAUCAAGAAUAUGUCAGAGAAGUUUUUGGGUGCCAGUUUAAAAGGAAGGACAUGUUAAAUGAUAGAUAAUAAAUGCCAACUGUCCCCUUUUAAUUUCAUUAUUCAAAAACCACAAGCUGGAAAGAACCUAAAGUUUGUGCAGUGUGUUGUUUAGUGUGCAUUGGGACAAAUUUAGACUACAAGAGGUUUGAUUUCCAGUGACUGUCAAACAUUAACCUUGUGCUUUCUGCUAAACUGUCACUGUUGGUCCCUGUCUGUAUCUGUGGUCAAAGCCAGAGUGUGAUGUAUGAGGUUAACCCCAUGUCGGGCAGAGUGUGAGCGCAGUGUUGGCAGCUCUGCUUGGCCGAGUCCUCUGCAGAUAACUGCUGUCUAAUCAGAGGAUUUAUGUUCUCUAACUGCCCAGCUCAUCCCUCCUCUUCCUCCUUCAGCUCCUACUCUACAUCUCUACAUUUUUCCUCCUUUGCUCUGCUGCUCUCUGUGUCUCCUCCUGAUCCUCUGGGCCUGUAAAAUAGAAGCACCUGGAACAUUGUGUAGUGCUAAGCAAUUAAACAGAUGAGCUUCAGUUUUGUGUGUUUUUUUAUGUUAAUGUGGUUCCUUCUGUUAUAAGAAUGUCUGACGCUAAUACUUAUCUCGUGUUUUCUUUGUUGUUUUCACGCUUGGCUCAGGCUUACUAGUAGGCGUGAUCCUGCGGUACGGCAUCCCCGCCACCAGCUACCACAACAAGACGCCCCCGAGCUGCACGCUGAAGGAGGGACCUGUCAGCACCCUGCUGCUCAACGUCAGCGGGAAGUUCUUUGAGUACACCCUGAAAGGAGAGAUCAACUCCAGGGAGAUUCACAAUGUGGAGCAGAACGACAUGCUCCGCAAGGUGAGAGUCAGACGAAGGCAGCAUCCUGUCAGUUCUGGAUUUACCAGAUUCACCCUGUUAAAGGAGGAUUCUGUUUUUUAAACCUUAGCACAGUUAUUUAAAAGAUGGAGGAUCUGACUCUCUUGACUGCAAGUUCAGACUCCUUUACAGCGUGGAUCUGCUGGCGGUAGUCAGGAUGGCUACUUUCAGCGGCUUUUCUUGUUGACCCAAAUUUGGAAGACUUUUUGAUAAAAUCAACCCUCCAUAAUGUUUAUUUGUACAAUAGUACACCACCAAUUGCUUUAAAUGUAUCAUUUUGCUAUUUUGCCAUCAUCUUUUUUGAUGAAUAAUUUUUAUUUGGAAGUAUACAAGCACAGAUUUACAAGAUGUUUAUAUUACAUAUUUCCACUUUUUUUCCCUUUUAAAUUGAACAGAGAACAAUCCACCCCAGAACAUAGGGCACAUGAUUCUGUAUGUAAGGGUUAACGUAAAUUUGAAUAACAAAGCAUUUUCAGGUGAGGAUAUGCUAUACCUACUUUUGAUAUAUGUAAUGACAUGUCCAAUUUACCUGUAAAGUAUGCCAAAUCAAAAAAGAUAUUAAAGAGCUUAAUUAUAACACAAGACACAUACAUACAAAAGCAGUUUUAACAUGUGAAGGUGGAAUGCAAGAAGGAAAAAAAAAAACAGGCCAUACUUUAGACAAUUUAUGAACAGGUUAGUACAAGAUAAUGCAAUCCAAGUGAGGGCAAAAGAAAGAAAAAGAAAGUAGUAAUAAAUAAAUAAAAUAGUGCACAAAAUAGUCUGGAAAUGGUACUGAUAUUAAGGAGAGGAAACAGGUAUAAACAUUUUUAUCAUCAUUUUGUCAUUAUGAGGGAGGACAGGCAGUCUCCUGGGGUUACUCUAAAAAUUUGGUAUAAAGUAAAUUAGAGAUAUAUGUCUUAAAAAUAGAGCCAGGUAUAAAAAUACCAGAAUUCCUCUUGAUAUUUUCUCUAUUUACUUUCUUCUUCAGGUGACCUUUGACCCUGAAGUAUUCUUCAACAUCUUGCUCCCUCCGAUUAUUUUCCAUGCUGGAUACAGUCUGAAGAAGGUGAGAUGCCACAUGCCAAAUUUGUGACUAUUUGUGUGCUGGGUUUGUUCAUGAGGAGUAACACGAGAUCAUGUCAUUGGCUUUGUGUGGGCCAGGUGCACAUUGGUGCUGCCACAAACUGCUGUUUCAUUGGACAGAUGGUUUGCUAAGAGAAGCCCUCAUUGGACAGACUGUGAGAGUGCUCAGUGUUUACUCAACAUAAGUAGUCCUUCUGUGGGGAAGUCCACAGCAGAUGUCUUUCAUUUCCUCUUAAAAAGGGCUGACAUUGACACCACUAGUUGUUUCUGCUUUUGAGCAGCAGAUUAGUAGUUUUGGGGGAAUUCUGUGGGAGGAUCUGUGGUUUUCAUCACUAAUCCAUCACCAUAUUUAAUGGCAGGAUGGUACUUUUUGGGUACAGGAAUUGCGCAUUUUAGAUCUUGAGAUCAGGUGAUUCAGAGCCUCAACCUUUGAGUAAUGGAGAGUGAAAUGUGUCUGAGCAGCUGGUGAUAUCUGAUCUGUGUCCCUAUUAUGAGGGUGCAGCUCAUCCUCAUCUGAUUAUACAGUGAUGGAUGAUAUCAUGGAGGCAUGUUCACAUGCACAUCUUCACAUCUGACAAAGAGGUUAUAGUGAGGCUCUUAAACUCCUAAAGUAGUAUUGGUUGAUUAUUGUUGUCUGGUUAAUGCUUUUGUUCAGACUGAAAUUCCUCUGCAGUUAUUGAGUUGUUUGUUUAAAUAUUUGUGCAAAUCAUGGUGGAUGAAAGAAUGGUUAUACAGACAUUAAGCAAAAUGCAGGGCGAUCAAAAAAGUCUACCAGGACAUCUUAUUUUAUUUUUACACCUUGUACUUUGAACUGCAACAAAAAGGAGAGUCACAUUUAAUGUGGGAUAUUUAAACAAAAUUAUAUGCUAUGGUGCAUGCAAAAUGUAUACUCUAUAAUGACAGAAAUACAAUGCACUAUGGUAAAUAGGAAAAAGUCUGGAAUUAGAAAUGUGGUACUAUUUGUUUGUAACUCUUUCCUUUUUGCGUUAAACAUAGCAAGAAAAUUGUUCAUGCUCACUCUCACCAGCCAUAUUUAACCAGCUGACUCACCUGUUUUUGUACAUUUUUAUGUCUUUUUUUGUGUGAAUGUAUCUUAUACAAAAUAUCGUCAUAGAAUAAGUAUCAAGUGUUGGUAAGUGUCAACUCUUUCGUGUUAAUAAUAUAAGAUACUGACCAGGGAGAGGGUCUGAUUAGGGUAACAAAUCAAGAUGCAAAUGUAGCUCUGUCACUUGAUGAAAUGCUAUACAGGUCUAGGUUAUUCUAGGUGUCCAUCAAGAUUCAAGACAAUAUACUUGAAUUGUAGUUGACUUUAUUAGUAAUCUUAUGUUAAAUCCCCAUCAUUACCCUACUGCCCCUGACACCUGAAAACUAGAAAAUUAAACCUAACAACUGAAUUAGUAAAAAUAUAAAUAAAAAUAUAGUAUGCAGGGGAAGUAAUAAAAUCAGUCAGUCAACAAACAAAGAAAUACAUUAAAUUUAAUUAAAUGAAAACAGUAACAUAAAACAAGGACUAGCUAUCCAAGAAGACAACAUCUAUGUCCAUAGGAUGUCAAGCCUUUAGGGUUUCAUGAAAGUGAAAUUGACAUCAGGCUAAAAGUACCGUGGCAAAUUUCCUCCAGGUCGUCAUGAAGAACAGACCGUUGCUGGGGACCACAGAUGCUAGUGGAGGAGCUAUUGAAGAAGUCUGAUGAAGUUUACGUUUGUUUUCAAUGUGAAUUAAUGAAGGAGAAGAAAAUAGCAAAGACUGAGCAGAUGAAAUACACAAACACUUAAAGUAGCAUCAGUUUUGUAAGGAAAUCUAUGGAGCUCUAUGGAACAGACAGUUUUCACUCCACAGCCUGUACCUAAAUUUGUCAGCUCUAGCGUUAACUGGAUCUGGACUAUAUUGUGUAAGAGUGUAAAAAUCUGGACUAAAUGAUCCUAGAGAGGCUAAUGUCUCUUUAUAACACAGUUUCAGAUUUUUUUCUUUAUUCUAUUUGUGAAAACACACAAAAUAAGGGUUUAAUCUUUCUUCAUGGAAAUGCAAUCAGACCGAGAUGCUAAGGCAGAAGAAUUACUGCGUCUGCAAUGCAAAUAAUUAACAUGGUGAUUAUUACUUCAGGAAAUGAUAAAGACAUUAUUAUUAAUGUUCUACCUUGAGCUGUGUCACCCCGUCAGCAGUCUGUAAUGGACUGGCCUGAGGUCUCGCUACAAACAAGCAGCUGCUGGUAGAGAGUGGGUGAGUUGUUUUUAGUGUCUUUGCUAAAAAAAUUAGGCAAAGUUAAAAAGAUGUUUGGUGGCUAGUACUAUGGCUGGGACCCUAUAUGUACUGUUGAUGAAGUUAGGUGCUGUUCUGAGCAUUAUUUGUGGCUAUAGAGCGGCUUUUUGGUUGAGGUCUGUGCAUGGCUCCUCAGACAAAGUUGGUGAAAUUAGAGAAGCAAGCGGUCGGCAAAAUUCAUCUCUCGAGGGGUUGUAUAACUCGGUGGUACGGUGUGUUUGACCCUAAAUUAAUUUCAUGCGUGAAUAUCCCUUUAAGUCCUUUUUGCCAAAACAUUUCUGUACCAGCUAAAACUGAAGCUGCAAAUAUUGUUCUAACUGACAUGUCUAUUAAACACUAAUGGGACAUUUUCUAAGAAUAUGGUCGAUUGCGCUCCCCCUUUAACAAAACACUCAGUAGAGGAACACCCUUACAUUAUUAGAUUAUAGAGAAAAAAAACACCCAGACACUUCGAAGUAUAACCUGCUUGUAUUGGGUAGCCUGUGACAUUUUUUGUUGUUUUUCUGUAACAUUUUCUUGUCUUAAUAUUGUAGAGUUGCAAUGAUUAGUGUCACUAGAUGAAACCUCUCUGUUUUUCCAGUUUGACUUGUGCUGGUGUCUUCUCUUAAGUACAGGGUGCCUCAAGCAGGUUGUCUGAAUGUCCCUGACAUAUUGAAGCAUUGUACGGACGGGUCUUUUUUGUUUUUUUGGUGAAAGUUUCAUUCAAGUAGGAAUUUGCUGAGUCAAACAUCAGGCCUCAGGAAACAGGAAGCGGAUCGUCUCAGUCUGUCACUUUGGAGAGUACUUUUAUCAAUCGUGGGCUGCAGAGAGAGCUGAUUUAAAGCUCUGUGUUUGCAGCUAUAGAUGGAAACAGAAAAAGAUGCAGUCCUCUCCUCAGCUGCUUGUUUGGUUGUUUACGUGUCAGCUCAGUUGAUCAUGUGCUUUAGAUCAUUGCAACUGAACACACCAGACUGUAACUGAUGUGGAAAUAUUUGUGAAUAAUUACCUCUUAGUCAUCUUACUGUGCUGCCUCAAAAGAUGUGUCAUGUAAAUCCUUAACACAGUGAACAGUGUUUUUUCCUCUUUUUUUGUUGGAUUCUUGGAUGUUUUAUUUCACAAAAUCCGCCCUGACAGUCACUGAGGAAAAGACAGUUUCCUUUAGAAAUCUGAAUCAGCACUUUUGUUUCACAGCCAGCUUGUGGAAGAUAAAAUCUGUGGGUGUCAUCCAGGGACACUUUAGUGUUUGCUGUUGUUUGUUUUACAACCAGUCAAACAGUUGAGUGUAGGUUUACGUUAUUCAUCCUGUUUGACAAAUAACUCUCUCAACUGCUGCCAUGACUUGAAUCCUUUAGUGCUGAAAGAUAUUUAUUUUGAAAACGUUUUAUUAACUGAAGUAGCUGCAUGAUUGGACUCUAAGCAAAUUAAAAAUAACGCAUCAUGUCAACCCAUUCUAUUGGGAGUGAGAAAUAUAUUCUUUAAAACUUAAAAUGAAGCACACAAACUUCAGUGGAGUUUCAUUCAAUAUCCCUGUUGUAAUCGCAUUUUGACAAGAACUCAUUGGCUUUUACAUUUAUAAGCCUAAUUUCAAAAAAGAUGGCACACUGCAAAAAAUGUUACUUAUAAAAUUGAUUCCGAGGAUUUGACAAUAAUUUAAAUCUAAUAUUUGACUGAAAAUAGAGCAGAGAAAACAUACUGAAUCAUGAAAGUGAAAAGUUUUACUGUUUGGUAAAAUUAAAUGCUACUUUUCAAUUUGAUGCUUCAAAAAAUGUUGAAAAGCAUUAAUUAACAUCUGUGGCUCUCAGAAUAGACACCUGACAUAACUCUGUGAUGGAAAUCACUGCAUGGGUUCGAAAAUGUCUGUGAGUUUAUCACAGUAUCAGGAAAUGUACGGUGGGUGUGAGGUGCAAAACACAACAGCAAAAGAAAACACACAACACAAAAAGAGAAACACAAUGUUUAGUGUGGCUGUGUUUUCUGAUUUGCCGUUGUGUUUUCCUUUUUUUGUGUUGUGUUUUCUGAUUUGCCAUUAGGUUUUGCACCUCAGGGCCACCAUAGAACCUGAUAUAAACAUGAUCCAGACUGAUGACCUCUGCGAGCCUGAGCCCAUUCAGACUCUAUAGAAAACACAGCAGCAAUUCAACGUAACAGUUUAACAAUACAUAUACAAAUCUUCUGACAGCAGCACUAUGUUGACAGAGUGCAAGACCCUUUGAUUCAGAGUCUUAUUGAUCAUAAGCAGAAAUGUCAAUAGCAGUUCAGCCUGGUCUGAGGGACCCUGAAUCUUCCCCCAGAGGGUAAAAGCUCAGUUGAAACUGGUGAAAAAUGUGGGUCAGAUUAGACACACUAAGAAUAUGCCUAAGAAUAUACUGCUCAUAGAUUGUUUGAACAGAUGGGUGUUUUUUUAACUCAUGGUUUUCAUAGUCGCAUGCACAAGAUGGGUUAUCUGUGAUUUAAGAUGAGCAGAAUAGCAACCAUACCAGUCUGUUAUACCAUGUAACAGUUUUAAAAACAGCACUGCUAAACUCCAUAGACCCACAGUCUUUGCAGAUUGAGAUAAAAGUUCAGAGAAGGAGCUCUAAAAGAAAGGGUUUUUGGAAAAGAUUGAACAAACAAAGUACUUUGGGCAACCAUCAGUAAGGUCAUGCUGAUAAACUGAGAGAUAGAGAUUUUUUUUUUUUAAAUCCAAGCAAGGAUUUUUUUUUAAAGUCAUUUUGCAAAGUAAACUUGGUUUCUUCAGUGCUGUCUUAAUGUCAGUGAUUGAAAUAGUAUGUGUCUGAGUGAGUGGUAGCUGUAAUUUCACUUCCACCUGCUAAUUUUGUGGAGCUGUGCUCGUAUGGUUUUUCACUACUUGAACACCUUUGGUGAAGCAAAAUGAGGAAGAAGAAUGAUAAUGAAAAAAAUAACAGUGGAUAAGUUCAGUGUAAAAAAAAAAAGGGAGAACGGAACAAUAAAACUAACUGUGCUUUCCUGUCCUGAGUAUAAAAAGUCUUUUUUCCUCCCUUGUCUUAAAUCACCUUUUUCCCUCCUGCAGAGACAUUUCUUCAGGAAUCUGGGCUCCAUCAUUACCUAUGCUUUCCUCGGCACUGCCAUCUCAUGUUUUGUUAUUGGGUGAGUGAACAUAAAGUAACAUUUAAAAAAGUGAAUCUUUUAUAAUUCUACCCUUUUGGGCUGAAGGUACCUGUUGUUCAACUGUCAUAUUCUGCUCAUCUCUCUCCUUUUAAUGUCCAUCUGCAGGAAUCUCAUGUAUGGUGUGGUCAAACUAAUGCAAGUGGUCGGACAGCUGACCGACAAGUUUUACUACACAGACUGUCUCUUCUUUGGAGCGAUAAUCUCCGCUACAGACCCAGGUGCAACACAAACACAUAAGGACACUUUAUACAAUUCAUCAGUCAGACUGAUUAGUUUGACAUUUUGCUGAUUAAUUUGUACAUUUUUGAACAUGGAAAAUCAAGCAGAUAUGUCAAAGGUAAUUAGAGAUAUAAGUGAUUCACGGAGAGAUCAGUCUCAAAAAGCUUUCAGCUUGACCAGUCUCCACUGUUGUCUUUAGUUUAGUUUAGUUUAGUUUAGUUUAGUUUAGUUUAGUUUAUUUAGCACAUUGGUGAAAACAUACAUAUCAUAAACAUUUGUGACGCAUACUGUGCAAGGAAAGGAAGAAGCCAUACUGGCUUAUCUGGAAUCCUUUCCUUAAAAGAAAUAAUAAUUAAACAAGAUUUAAGAUCAAGAGAAUAAAAAAAAGGAAAAAAAAAUCACAAACGAAAGAGUAGUGCAAUAAAGAAAUGAAAAACAAAGAUGAAGAGAAACAGAAUAAUAUAAAGUAAAAUUGAAAUUACACAAAACAGAAAUUGUUUGAUUACAUCAAGUUAGAAAUUAAGUAAUGUUUUAGAUGUUUCUUGAAAAUUGAUACUGAUAGUGAUGACUGAAGUGAUGUAUCAAGAGUCUUCCACAACUGUGGACCUCUGAAUUUAAUAAAUCUUUGUUGUUUUGAUGUUCGGCAAUGGGGCAAUUUAAAAUCAACUCUUUGCCAGUUGUAGAGGUACAACUACAGUUGACACGCACUGUCCUGCUCUACCUCUGGGACUUUGUGCCGAGCUCUUUGUUAGUGGUGAUAAAGAAGGUCUUGUGUUGAUAAUUAGUUGCUUCAUUGUUAAUGUAAAAAAAAAAAUCCUUUAUUCACUCUGUGCAUUGCUUCUGACACUGCUUGGCAGUACCUGCAUCCAAAUGAAGCACUUUGUUGCUCUCACUGAUCUUGUUUCCUCUUGUCUAGAUCUUUGCUUGUACUGUUCUUGCUCUCAAAUGUGCGUUGCUUUGGAUAAACAUCUGCUAAAUUACAUUGUAACAUAGCAACAUUGUAACAUCAACCCUUUUUACAUUUCAUAUUUAACCUUUAGUAGUGCUUUCUUUGUAUCCAAAAUGAAACUAAAUAAUAUACAGUUGGAAUUACAGUUCAUCACCCAUGAGUACAAAAAUGAUUUCAGAAGUAUUUCUAAUUUAUAAAAAAUAUCCUAACUAAAGCCCUAAAAUGUUUAGUAAUGAAUUUAAAACUAGUUUCAGUCCAAAGCACGCAAAUGAAAAAUUCCAUUUUGACUUGCUUGUGCUAAAUUUAAGGUGUCUUCUUACAUCACAUUUAUUUCAUCUGUAAUAUUAGGGGGGAAAUCUUAAUCUGUAAAGAUCCCUGAAGCUCAUAAGAAUUGGAUUAUAAAUGUCAUUUCUGAAGCUCUUUCUUGUGAAAAUCAAGUUUUAGAUAUUUGUUAUUAGAGCUGCACCUAGACAAAAUCCUGUUGUGGGUCUACAGGGUUGAGAGUAAAACUGGUUUAGAAAAGCUGAAGUUGCACUGAUAACAUUUUAAACAUGCUCCUGAAAGUUCUGUGAUGCACAUUUAUAACUGUAUAUGCAGGAUUAUGUGUUUGUUUGACCGUUAUGUUAUCUCUGUGUGCAGUGACAGUGUUGGCCAUCUUUAAUGAGCUCCAUGCAGACGGGGAUCUGUACGCUCUGCUGUUUGGAGAAAGCGUCAUGAAUGAUGCAGUGGCCAUCGUGCUCUCCUCGUAAGUCACAUUUGUGCCUUCUAAACCUACAUCAGUCACAUUUUACCUCCUAAUUCAGCGGGCCAAAGCUGAGUCUGUAUGUUGGGCUGCUUUUCCCUCCUGAUGCUGAAAUUCAACACUUCAGUGUGAGACAGAGCAGCAAUGAUUGCGUGGCUGAUCCAGGACAGACAGAUGACUCUCUGACUCCCUCUAGUGGAUGAUAAAUCACUAAAACCGAUGACAAGUUAUCUUUUCUUAUUUUUUACUCAUUAUUUUUUAAAAUUGAUAUAAAAAUAGAAAUCUUACAACAUGUGUGGGUGUUGGAGAUAACUGUGUAAUCCAAACCCUGACCUUUUCACGACAGCUUUACCUGAAAGAUGUCCAAAAAAAAUCCACAAAACUUCCAAAUAUCAGUGUUAACAUAAAAUAAAAAAAAAGGAAACUAAAUGUCAAAAAAAAGAAGAACAAAAAACAAGAACUUGCUGUAUUACUCUUGAAGUAAAGAUUACUUUAUUGCCUUACAUGGAUUUCAAUUUCAAACUUUUUUUCGUUUUUUUUUUUAGGACACGCAGAGACUCAUUAAACAAACAUUUUCACAACAUUUUCUCUAAUAUUUCAUUGUAUUCGUGUGAGAAAAAAAAAUCUAUGUCACCAAAAUGACAUAUAAUCAAUUCUAGUCAAACUUAUUACAUAUUCUUUGUUUUUGUAUUUCAGGUCUAUUGUGGCGUACCAGCCCAGUGGAGCGAACACACACAUGUUCGAUGCCUCAGCCUUUUUCAAGUCUGUGGGUGUGUUUUUGGGUAUUUUCAGCGGCUCUUUUGUGAUGGGAGCAGCCACAGGAGUCGUCACUGCUCUUAUAUCCUUUCUCUUUUCCCUACUUUGAAAUGAGAAUACAAAUAUAAAGUCUGUUUUUUCAGAUUAUGUUUGAGUUUCUUGAGGCAGUGUUAUAUCUUUAACCCUGUCUUUACGUCACCAAGUUCACCAAGCUGCACUAUUUCCCACUGCUUGAGACAGCCCUCUUCUUCCUUAUGUCCUGGAGCACCUUCCUGCUGGCUGAGGCCUGUGGAUUCACAGGUGAGCUGAAUCAGAGUACAGCGAUGAUACACAUGGUUUUAAUUUAGGAAGUAGGCACCAGACAACUGUGGUCAAAAGGUUUAGUGAGAUCUGUAUGUUCAGCUGUUGUUUGGCCUCUCUCUUAUUGUAUUCACAUUUGAACGAAACUCACAGAAAUUCCCUAACACUUUUUGGACGCCUGAGUGGGUGUAAACAAAUACAUUUUUCAUUUAAAUUUACCUGUAAUGUUUACAGCCAGCAUCUGUAGACCCUGGGAGGAAGUGAGCUGAUGUAAGACUGCAGCAGAAAGAAGUCAUACAACUCAGGCAUGAUCAGUAGAGUCCCUGUUGGACACUGCUUAACUAUACUACUUUUGCAGUUUUCCUUUUUCCUGACAGACUUCUUGAGAUGAUCUUACUGUGAAGGACAUGUGAAAAAUCAAUGUAUAGAAAUUUUGUGGGCAAAUUUUCUGUUCAUGGGAUUCUGACUUCAAAAACAGCACUUUUAUUACUGUAAAAAGUAAAACGGUGUUUUACUUUAAUCUAUUACUUAAAUAUGGUUAUUUAUACUUGUUUUAUCUAUCUCUUUUACAGACUAUCUCAUUCUAUUGAUUUAAUUUUAAUGCGCAAGUUUUAGGACUGGGUCACAUUUUGCCAUGAUCAUACCUUCUGCAAUCACUCUUAAAAGUUAUUAAAUGUUGUCUGUGAGGAUUAUAAGUCAUCCUGGUCAUGGUAUACUUUGACAUUUUAAGCCAAAAACUGACUCAGCUUACUUCAAAGUCCUAUAGUUUUAUACUCUAGAGCACAUCUGGCCAGUUUAGCUCUUGAGAACCAUGUAAGUGUUUGUAAGUGUUUAUUAUUGUGUCAUACAUAUACAGUAUUUAUCUGUCUAGCUUGCAUAGGCUUACAUGAAUUGGUAUUAAAAGAGGUUUUUCAGAAACACAUACAAAAUUUAUUUCAUAUCCAAAAGGGAAUAUGAACAAAUGAUAUGAUUGGGGCAUAAGUAGAACAACAUAAUUAAAAUGACAUAAUUAGGACAACUUUUAAACAGUAACAGCUGUUAGCUCGUAUUAGGGAUUCAAACUUGCAUUACUAUAAUAGAUUUUACCAUUGUACGCAAGAGAUAUCAGUUAUUCUACCAUAAAAAGUUGAGUGGAAACAUUUUCAGAGACAUUAAUUGGUGAAGUGAUCAUAAAACAUUUGUCAAACUGAAAUUACUUUUUUUUUUCUUCCUGUCAGGGUCACUGUAACUCCUAAUAUUGAUGAUUAUUUCUUAGUUUUGUAUAUCAUGACACUGUUAAUGCAUGUUAUUGUCAUAGACUGGUAUAGAACUGUAAAAGAUCUUAAACUUCUUCAUCCAUUAUCACACAAAUAAGUAAAAAAAAAAAGAAUUUCCUCAUUGAAGCAGCAGAGGGCGUCGUUAGUCUGGGCAUAGCUUUUUAACCACUGGACUCUACAUUCCAGUACUGCAACUUCAUUAUGUCUUCAAUUAGAUUCUCUCUGCAUUUGAAAGGGCCUCUUUUAUUAAACUUUGUGCCCCAAAUUACAGAAAAUUUUAAAAUAUCCUUUUCUCAGAGCGUCUCUUCUCAUAGGCUGCAAAGUGACGCUAAUGACAUAAUAUGGUUGAUUCAUAAUAACAGUAUAAACAUAUUCAUUCAAUUGAACAUAUUUUUAAAGGCUUUUACAGUUGACGUGUAAAGCUGCAUAUAACGUAGAAUGACUCUUUCAAUUCCAGGCUCUCCCUCAUGUUGUUGAUUGUGCUGACGAAUGUAGUAAUGAACCAUUUAAACUAAGUGCUGCUAAACCCACCUCAGAGAACUCAAUCCAUCUGUUAUACAAAUGAGAUGUGACAGGGAUUUGAAUGCAGAUUAUGCAGCAGAUGUGCAGCAGAUGAAAUAAACUGAUAAUGUGAUGCACAGUAGCAUCAAAGGCAAUCAGAGGGAAAGCCAAGCUUUGUUUGUCAUGUUCCUCAACGGGUGAACUGAUCAUUGCAUUUCAAAAUUAUACAGCCGCCUCUGUUUAUUGCACUUAACCUGUUUGAGUUAGCACUUUGAAGCUCCAACGUUGUGUUGAUUUGUGUUUUUCUGCAGGUGUUGUGGCUGUGCUUUUCUGUGGCAUCACGCAAGCUCACUACACCUACAACAACCUCUCUGAAGAGUCUACAAAACGCACCAAACAGGUAUCAUGGACCACUUUCUGCACAUGCAAUUCCCCCCAUGUAUUUUGGCACUCAUGACCCCUUCAUAGUACUGAACAGGGUGCCAGAUGGAUCAGUGUUAGCCUGCUGUGACCUUAAUCGGGGUGUUCUGAGGACAUCCCUCCUGACGUGGCUGUUUAGUUUCUCAGAGGGGGUUCAGUCUUAAGGAGAGGGUGCGGAUUAACACCUCGGGAACACACAGCGUGACACAUUUUGGAUCAGAGCUCUAAGACUCUUGGCACGCUCAUAUAAAGGUGCACAUGCAAAUUACAAUGAUGAGGUUAAAGUCUUGCGCUCAGAUCAGGGGUUCUUAAACUUUUUGCAAUCAUCGACUUGUAAGUUGUCCUUUAUUGAAGUACCCCCGGUUUGUGAAGGAAACAAAAAACAUGUAAGAAAGUGGUUCAACACAGUGAUUCACUGUCAGUUUCUGCUUUCUAAAACAACUAACUUUAAUAAACUGAGAAAUAUGUUCACUUUAAACAGUAGAUGAGUCAAUGAGAACACCUAUCAUUAAAGGAGGGUAGUUUUACACAGCUCAACAACUCAAGAAAAAACAAGACAAAUCUGCAUGCUUAAUCAAUGCCAGAGAAGUAUGAUUAGCAGAUUCAUCUCACUUAAACAUCAUAUAUCACUAUCUGUAUAAUUGACACAGGAGCACCACAACCUGUCCUGGUGGCCUGAGUGCCUAUUUGGUCUGUCAAUGUGAACAGCAAGUUAGAGUGAAUAGACCUCCCUGAAUGCACGCAUCACCACACAACUCUUGUGGGUUAAUUUAUUUUGCUCAGCCAACUGCUAUUGUGUCUUGGCCUCUGUCUGCAAAAUAUGAUGUCUUAGUACCUCUUUGGACAGCUGAGCAACCAUGGACUUACUGCUUCUCUAUUAACAUAAGUCAGCAUUAACAGCAGGUAAAGUAGAAAAGGAAGAGGAAAGGUGGAGCAGAGAAGGAGAGAUUGAACAUAUAGAAGACUCUUGCUGCUGAUGUAUAAGUGACAUAUUAGUGGUACUGGUAAUUCCUUGCUUGUUAUUCUGAAACAGCUAUGGAGAGAGUCUAAACGAGCUGGAGUGAAAGACCAUACUCUUUGAUUCAAGGUUUUCAUAUAGUGAAAUGUUAUUUUUUCAUAAAGCAUCUUUUCAUAUGGAAACGGAAAUAAAAUUUUGUGUUUUAUCGCUGUAGUGACAGUUUUGGCUGGUUUUAAAAUGUAGAGCUAGGGACACAGUUAACCUACACAGUCCACUUCAUCUGGACUGGGAUAGAGUCAGACUCUGGGCCUGAAUUGUUAUCCCAGUUCACCCCUAAAGUCACCCAUCCAAGAGAACUAAGACUGCUCAGGAUUGAUUUAGUGUACAUGUCCCCAAUCUUUCCACCUGCUCCUGUCCCAGCUAUAUGCAUUGACUGAGUUGCAGCCUUUUCCCUUUCAAUGUAAAUCUUCUCUGCUCUAUGUUGUACAGUGGUGUAACCAGAACAACGGUCAUUUGCUGAUGAGGAGGGAGACAAUAUGAGAAGAAGGAGUGAGGCUUGCAGCUGUGUGUAGUAAUGACCAUUUUGAAAUAGUAUUAUGUGGUAUGCUUGUAAUGCAAUUCUUCAAUACUAUUUGGACAGCUCCAUUAAUAACAAAUAAUGUAUUAAUCUGUUUGAUACUGUAUUGCAAAGUUGGGGUUAUCAAACUUUUAGAGGCAUUGAAUAGGUGUAAUGGUUUGUCUCCCUUUUCUUGCAGCACCGACCCUUAACUAGACAAAAACGGUAAAAAGCCUUGUCUUGAAAUAUGGAGGCAUAUGAUGAUGUUGAAGAUGAUUUUGUGGGUUACAACUUGCAACUUUUGGGAAAUUUUUUGCAUUGUUAUGAAGACCUCAACUACCAUUUCAAAAUAAAGUUACAUUACUAGAAAAUGAGAGCAGAUUAACAUCUCAGAUAUGGCAAACACUUCCUGUAGUUCCCUCAAAGGUGCUUUAACCUCCAUCAGAGAAAUACUUCUUUAGGUUAAGAUGCUUCCAUAUUGGUACAUGUUACCACGCUCUGUUAUAUGCCUCCUACUUAAUGCAAAAAUAGAUGCAGUCAGCUCUGUAAUCAUUACUGCAGUGAGGAAGAAAGGGAGAAACAGCUUUGAGAGAGGGAACAGAUGAGGUGCUGAGCUCUGAGAACCAAACAGAGGAGGUUUUUAGAGCAGCACAGUGUGGAAAACCUUCUGUGAAAUUCCCUCUCUGGACCUGAACACUGUAAGACUCUGACUUUUGUAUUCAUGCAUUUCUAAAUUGAAAUCCUCAUGACUAUAUUCUCCAUGCAGCUCUUUGAGGUCCUUCACUUCCUGGCAGAGAAUUUCAUCUUCUCCUACAUGGGCCUCGCUCUGUUCACCUUCCAGAAUCACAUUUUCAGCCCCAUUUUCAUCAUAGGGGCUUUUGUAUCCUUUUGAAGCUGAGCAGGCAUGCAUUUUUAUGUCUAUGCAAUACUGCAAUAUUCUUCUGCGGCUGUGGAACUGGGUCAAAGAUAAUGAUUGAGGGACUGCUGUGAGGUCAGAGUUUUAGCUAAAGUUUCAGCAUCUUUGACCCCAGAUAUAUUUAGUCUUAAUGUUUAGAGAUAAUCAGACAUAUUAAGAUAAAAGAAAAUAAGGCAGUUUAAUCAUUUUGAUAUUUUUUGCUGCACUGUUAAGUCCCAGUAUGUUAGUAAAUGUCAUUGUUCACUUAAAGACACCUUAACCUGUCUGACAGAUUGCCAUUUUCAUAGGAAGAGCUUUCAAUAUUUACCCUCUGUCCUUCCUCCUCAAUCUUGGCAGACGACACAAGAUCAAAGGAAACUUCCAGCACAUGAUGAUGUUUGCAGGUAUGGAUAUGUGAUUGAGGUAACUUGUUAUAUCAUAAAAGAUUAAGGAUCCUUGUUUCCUUUAUGGUUGUUGAUAAACUCACUUUCGUAGCUCCAGUUUCAAUUGUAGAAUUUCCCUGCAGGUUUGCGUGGAGCAAUGGCUUUUGCCUUGGCCAUACGGGACACGGCAACAUAUGCCCGCCAGAUGAUGUUCACCACCACGCUGCUCAUUGUCUUCUUUACUGUCUGGGUGUUUGGUGGUGGAACGACACCCAUGCUGUCUUGGCUGCAUAUCAGGUGAUGAUGCAAUUAUAUUCUUUAUAAGGAAAUGUGACUUUGUGUGCAGCAGCUCCUCUGUAAUUAAAGAAACCUUCAAGUCUUUGUAUCACAAAAACAUCCAUUGACAGAAAAAGACCCAAAAAUAGACCAACAGUUUUGUAGCUUCAAAAUUAUAUCUCAAACUGUUAAAAUUGUGACAGAAUUGAAGGCUCCUCUCCUCAAAGUAUUCCAUUAAGUAUUUCAUAAUGCAAAAAUAUGUAUUUUUAUUGCACUAAACAGUGCUGUUCAUGAAGUCAAAAGGUGUGAAAAACAAAAACAAAGUGCAUUCUGAUCCUCUUGUGUUUAAAAUACAUGGGCCAGAUGUGACCAUUAAACAUACGGGGGGACCUGACAUUGUGUAGUUACUUGAUCAGCUUUGUUCAGGAAAGUAAGAAAUAGGCUUCAAAUAGCUGAAAAUGUCCCUUUGGAGUCAGACCUCAGGAACCUGAGUCUUUCCAUUAAGUGACUGGCAGCAUGUUAGAAAUGUAUUCCUGAAAGAAGGAAAAAGAGGGGGACUUCCAAUCUCCCAAAAUAAGUCUCUCAGUAACUAACAACCCCAGCAUCGAUGACUGUUACACAGAAGCAGAAGGACCUUUAAUUUAUAAUGAGUCCAGGUCCUGGCUCGAAGUUUUCUUUAGGUCUUAGAAAAUCAGUUUUAAAUUUUGGACCAGAAACCAGUUAGUAAAGGGCAGAUCUAAAAGAUGUGGACAGUUGUGUCUUCACACUGUUUACAUCUCUCAGACAGUGUCGAGACAGAGGAAUAAAGUUUUGCAAACUUAAUUUAGAACAGCGAAAACAGCAGAGAAUGUAGACCUGAAUCAGUCGGUGAUGUUUACGGCUUACAGAUAAAGAAUGCAUACUGGAAUGAAAAUAGGUCUGUCCUAAAAACCAAAAGAAAAAACUGUGCAAACGCAUAUUUGAGCAAAUGUACCUGUCCUUAUGAAACAGAAUAUUACAUAAUGGAAAUAAAUUAUGCCUCUACUAAAGGAAAAUUGCCAACAAAGAAGCUAGUGUCAAAGAUGCAAAGCUUCUCAGCAAGCUAAACACCGCUAGCCCUAGCUAAAGCUAUCUUAAGGAAAUACUCUAUAGAUAUCAGCUAAUUGAAUUUGAUUUAAAAAUCUUUCUUUAAUUUAGUAUUUUCAUGCUAACAGUUUUUUUUUUUAAUAAAACUACAUGAAUCUGACACGAGAAAAAAACAAACUGAUCCUCUUUUAAGCUAAUGUUAGCCAGUUUUCUACACACUUUCCAGGUAAUGUUCAACUCAUCAGCUAAUAAUAGUACCACUCUGUGUUUUAGUAAAGAAACAUUUGAAAAGAACAAUUAAAUGUAUUAUACGUAAAUCGAUCUAAUAUGUUGAAGAUUUCUGUGUAAAUAUUAGGAAAAAUUCAGACCAUCACCUUGUGAACAGGGAGGUACACAACUAACCUUUCAGUUAACGAUAGCUGGCUUGUGAACUGGUGCAGUUUACAACUUAGCAGUUUAAGAUAAAUUUAUUCUCUUAUUUUGUAAAACUACGUUAAAAUCAAAUCACUGAAUGUAUUGAACUCAAAUUAAUCCAAACAGUCUUUGAUUUCAGUCCAUAAAUACAGACCAACACCUGCAAACAGGGAGAGGCGCAACAAGCCAUGAGUAGUUACAGCGAUAAAUCUUCUUUGGGCAGCUUUUUUGAUUGGACUUAGUGUACUUUUUUGUUUGCACAAGUUUCUUUAUUAUUUCCAGUGUCAUCUCGUUCUUUUCAUGUUCACAUGACAGUUUGCCUCCUGCUGCCUUGUUAUUGUCCAGGAGAUGGGGCCAGAACUCCCCAUUGGUUCCUCUUCUAAAUUUUUAACUGUGUUUUAAGACCAUAGAGACUUAAGUUGCAUCUUUGAAGAAAUCUAAAUCUUUUUUUAAAUACUGUAGUUAUUUUUCCUGUAGGGUUCCUGAUGUAUUUGCAUUACUACCAAGUUUCACACUUUACCGAGUCCCCAUCUAUAAAUUUCAUCAGUGGUGGCACUGGUUUUUUGCUUGCAUGGCUUUCUGUGUAUUUGCAAUACAGCCUCCCUUAUUUUGUGACAUUUUGCAGCACCAGAGGCUUAUUUGUCGUGACAAAGCGGAUUAUGGGCUGAUGAUUUGUGUGACAACAGCAGAGGCAGCAGGAGUGAACAGGUUCUGUUUAAUAUGAGUAAUGCCUCCUCACACCAAGCAGGAACUAUUGUGUAGUGGAGGUUAAUAGCGUUGCCAGAAUCUCCCCCAUGAACCAGUCACCAUGGCAACUGGUGCAUGUGGCACUGUGGCAGGCGGGUAUCAGCCAUGAUCCUGGUACUUGGUAAAUGUGCAUAAAUUAGCACAUUUUUACACAUUUUGAGGGGAAACUUUAAUGCACUGAAAUAUCCCAUUGAAAGUAUAACUUAAUUGAUGUAUAUACUUUACCUUUUAUGAGAUGGUAUCGUUUUCAUUAUUAUUUAUCCCCAGAGGUUGUAUUUGGAAAAAAAGCUCUCUCUUUUAUGACACAGUAAAACAGAGAGACCUAGAAGAAGCAGCUGUGGUGAGCCAGAUGAGUAGGAUAUGAUAGAGGAGUGCUGCUGGGAUAGAAAUCGUCUGGUGUGACAGAGAUGCAGCCGGUUUCUGUUAUUAGGUUUUUGAUGGAUGGUUUGAAGGCAGGCAGGCGUACAGCUUAUCAUCCAGCACUGGCAGAGCAGCCAUCCAGAGAAAAAGAGAUCCCAAUGUGCUUCAGCUUGGUCUGAAAAAAGGCUGCUAAUCCGUCAAUGGAAAAUCUGAGGCAGGCCAGUAGAAACCAUAGUAUCACUUGCUGAGACGAAUGUAAGUUUUUUCUUUUCUAUAGUCUCCAUCACCCUUAUUUUACAAACAAAACUGAUCACCCUGCAUCUAAAGAAAUAGUUCUAUCAUUAAAAAAAAAUAGUAAACCAAGCUAAAGUGGCAAACAUAACUAAUAACAGAAGCUGGAAGGUUUUUUAGGAUAGAUGUGUGAAAACUUCUGGUUCUGAAAGAAGAAGUUGUGGCAGUAAAAAAAAUUACCCACCAGUGAUAUGAAAGCCUCAAAGAAGCUAAAAUAAUGAUAGAUCAUGAAAAUAGUUUACUGAAGAUAUGAUAGCUAAGAUAAGCAACAAGAAAGGGUAAAUGAGUAAGUAGUAAUCAAAACACAAGUAUUAUUUGGGGUUAAAUUCUGAGAAAUGCUGAUGGUACAGUUGCAGUUUAUUGGAAACAAAAGAGAAAUUGAGAGUUAAAAAGAGGAAGAAAAAGUGUAGAAUAACACUGCAGUCUUCAGGUUUCUGUCUUUGGUACAAGUGCAAUGUCUAUUUAUAUUGAGGGUUUUGGGGUUUUGUUUUUUUGCAGGUCAAUAUGAAGCAAAAAAAAUAAUCAUAAUCCAUAGUUAUGCAAUAACAUUCGUUGACAAUAAUGAUAUAGAUCAACUUUAGGUCUUUAAACAGGUGUUUGCAUAUUUGAGGAAAAUUAUUAAGGCUUAUUUUGCUUUUGUUUGAUACGACAGCUUGAAAAGACAGGAAAUGUGCAAAGAGUCCUGGGAAAGGCAUGCAUCAAAUGCUGUCAGGACACGGAAUUGUUCUUAUUACCAGAGUGACAAGGACUGUAGGCUCUACCACCUGAGCUAAACCAGCUCUCUUGUGUCAGGGCAAAACUUUUUACCUAAAUCUGCAUGGUGCUGGACCUGAAAGCGUACUGCUCACUACAAACCUGUAUGAUGAUGAUGUUGCAAAUGUAAGACCCAUUUAUAGCAAGUAAAUUACAAGAAACUCAGUCAAUUGGGGGUUCCUAUGGCCAAAGUAUGCAACGAUAAAACCUCUGUGAAAGUGUACAGAGAGGCAAAUAUGGUCUCGUGUUUGAUCUGAACACACAGUCCCUUCAAGUUGCUACUACUUAAUGUGUCACAAAAAAGAGACUUGCAGAAACAAGAUUAAAUACAGAAGAAAGCUGAAGUAAUAAUCAAAAAUUAAAUGUAAAUAUAGGGAACUAGAAAAAGAUUGUUUCCUUUUCAGUUUAAACUCUGAAAGUGGGUGGAUUAAGUGAAAGAGCUAAAAAAAAGUCAACCAUUCAGCUUACUUUCAGUUAAAGGAGUGAAAAUAAAUUGAAAAAUAAAACAAUUAAAGAGGAAAGAAAAUAGCUGUGAAUGUGAGCUGGAAGUUGUGAUGAACAUAAAUAGAUUAAUGGAGUGAAAUCAUUAUGGACACAGGGGUUGAAAGGCUCUUGUAAAUUACAAGAUUGCCGUAUUAUUAUCUAUUGCUGGUGAACUAGAAACUGUGACAAAGGAGUGUUAGAGGACUGAGGCAAUAGUCAGGCACAGAAACAACAACAUAAAACUGUUACAGAGAAGUAUGGAAUGAUUCGAUCAGUAUCCAGGGGAAGAGAUUAGAUUUAUUUUAAAGAGAUAAACAUGUAAAAUGUUUUUUUUUUUUUAAUCUUUCAUGUGUAGGCCUGAACAUCCGCUGAACCUCUGUGCCAAGUGUGAGGAUUAUUUUAUGCCCCAAAAACAGAGGAUCAGAAUUAACCACCAGUUAGUGUAGACCGCUGUCAUCUGAUUAAACCGUCUUUUAUGUCUGGUCCUCCAUUAAAUGAACACUGACCAGAGCUAACCCUCUCACCCUCAUACAGUUUCAUUUCUGCCAGUGUGAAACAAAACAGGACAAAAAAACUUUGUUUCAAGAGUAAACCUGAGCGUUCAGAGAUCUUUGUGGUACUGUGAUUGCUCCAGUUCCUCAUUGGAGUUUCUGACAUAAACAAAGGUUAUUUCAACACAAAGAUUCACUCCCAACAUCAAUGAAGCGCUACAUAUACCUCCUUAUACCUUGUGUUUAUGAUGUGACAGAGUUGGGGAGACCAAAGUGCUGCAGGAAGAGCGACGGCGACGAGGAAUGUGGGAGUAUUUAAGGUGCUGUCUUUGAAAUGUGGUCAGACUCUGGUGCUGGGAAAGUGUGGUUGGUUUAAACCAGAAUCCUUUUUCUUCCUCUUAACUUCUUGUUUUCUGACAAGGGGAAACACAGCUGUAUUCACAUGAUGGCCAUCGUCCUGUGAUGACAUAUUUAGGGUGGGAACCCAGGUAGCAAGUCAUGCAAACUGUUAUUUGAUCACUUCCUAAUUAAUAAGCAGCUACACAGAGGCCAUGGAUGGUGAAAAAUUUUAAGGACUAAGAUAUAUUUGAUGAUUUUGCUGCCUACAGACUACUAUCAACAUUAUCAUCCCCCCACUUCCUUGCCACAGCUAUGUGUAAAAUUACAUGCACUGUAGGAAAAGCUUAUAUUUAGUCAAUGUUUUAACACUUAUCGAAGGACCAUAACUGUGUAGCUCUCUCUUCAAGUCCUCUUCAGUUUUCAUGUCCUGGUGUUAUCUGUUCAGGCAUUAGGGCUUGUGUCCACUGAUGGCAGAUUUUAAGCUGGCAGCCUGUUUACAUACAGAACCAGUGUUGUCCUGAGUUUUCAGGGCUCAGUGUCUAGACUGUGAACUCUCUGUGUUAGCUGCUUUUUGAUGCUGCACUUACAGCAUUCAAUUUUUCGAACACCCAAUACAUUUAAACACACCGUUAAAUCAAGCUACUGUUUUAUCUUGAUUUGGUGAUUUAACCAGAUUACUGUACUUGUCCCAGUAUGAACACCCACUGAGAAUCAAGGUCGAUAGUACAGAGUCAUCCCCUGGUUAACCAAUGAAACCAUGUACCAAAACCAUCAGUAGACAUGUUUGCAAGAGGCCAACAUGAAGUAUGUUGAGGAUGAAAACACCAACAACUUUAAAACUCUGUACCUUUGGCACGUCCAAUACAAUAGUUUCCUCUUUUCUUACGUCCCUCUUUCUUUCACUGAAAUUUUGGCCUCCUGUAGUGCAUUUAUGCUGUUCAACUCCUUGGUCAAACUGAUUUAGGUGUUUACUUGAAAGAGACAAUUGGUCUCCAAUCUACAAUUUUCAGUUGGACUAAUCCAAUAAAUUGAUCUCUUUGAACAGCAUAUUAACUGACUGCUGUCUUCAUCAAUGCCGCCUCCCCACAGUGAUCAAUCAAAAGCAAAAACAGACAGGACCUCUAAGUUUUACAAAUAAGUUUUCUCUUUUAUUUAGCCUUGCACACACAGAUUUCACUAAACAGUAAGACUAAAGCUUCCAACCCUAAUAUCAGCAGAAAAAAGGCCACUAUGUGAAUACAGCCUGUCGGGUGUCUAUAUAAGGUCUUGGGGCUUCAAAGAACAUGACAUAUUUUCAGAGACUGGCUCGGGUGGUUGGUUAAAAUGGUCGACUCUUUAGAGGCAGUGUUUUAUGUGAAUUUUUUUUCACAGGGCCAGCUGUGUUUGAAGGGAAACUUCAGCGCGAUUAAGUGUUUUGUUCAAGGCUUUCUUUUGGUGAUGUGAAAACCUCUUUCUUUGUUGUCUUUGUGGAUUGUCCACCAUGUUUUUCACUCAGUGGUGUAAAGAACAACUCACACAUUCAGUUUAAAGGAUGCAGCUUGACUGACACAUGGACUGAUCUGAAAAAUGUGCACAAAAGAAGAAGAUAAGACAGAAACUAAGAGCCCCUGUCGUGAUUGUCCCUCCAUUUUUGUCUCACUUAUGAUUACAUCUUCUGUGAAGUACAAAAACACCUUAAACAAGACAGUUUUUUAUCAAGAGUAUUUACUGGAUUUAAAAGGAGGAGGAUGUUUUUUUUCUGGAUCAGGAUUAAAGGUUAGUGGGUGGAUUAAAGUCUGUAAACACCCCCUUAUUUAAGUAUGUGUCUGUGAAAUUGUAGUUAGGGUUUAUACUGUUUCUUAUAACAGGAAAUGUAUGGACUGUGCCUCUCUUCUGGGCCCCCCAACAGUUAUGUCUUAAUCUCAGAGCAGAUUCCUGAGAGAUCCUUCCUGAUGCAGCGCCAGCACACUUUGCACGUCUUUGUUUUUGCAGAUUUUUGACCUUCAUGCUACCUCCUCCCCCUAAAGAUCCUGUGUGUGUAGCUGUGAGUGGUCAUCAUAGACAGCUGAGUACUCUUGGCCUGCUCCUUCUCAAGCUUCCAAGGUGGGGAGCAGACAGAAAAAUGCAGUUACUGAUUCACUCAGAGCGGAUAUUUCCUGCCAUGGAAAAGUCUAAAGAUAACCACACGCAUCAUUUACUCCUCCUCCAGUACAGUCAGUGUCAGUUAUAGUUUUAGAUGUAGCCAUGAAAUGUUACACAUGUCUGCUUUGGCCUCUGUCCACAGGGAUUAGACUCAAAUACUCUAGAGCUUAUGUGAAUUAAAAGUGCCCCUCUAAAAUCUGCUUCUGUUUGGUUUAAUCCUUUUCUGUUAGUAAGAGAUACCAGGGGGUAGUUACUUAAAUUCAGCUGUAAAGACCAGAAAAAUCAGCCGUGGAGCUCAAAAAGUUCAUAUUUUUAAAUGAAGAUUCAAUUAGCUCCCACUUUGAGAGUUAAACAGGGAAACUGACACCAUUGAAAUGUGUGCACAGUAAGAAAUGAGGCCUCUUUCAGCAGAUGGUUAGCUUAGCUCAGCACAAAGGUUGCACACAUGGGGGAACACACUGUCAGUUACUGAAUCUGUCCAAGAAAAACACCCCCACCAAACACUUUUUCAACAGUUCAUAUUAAUCAAUGAACUGCUGACUGGGAUAUUUGAUGCCUUUGGGCAGCAAGCCAACUGUUCCUAAAGCUGCUAGCUGUGUUUUAUUUCACUGAAAUGCAGCAGAUUGACUGAGCUACAUUUGCCCUCCAUUGUUAAGCUCAGGUCAGUAUAUUCCAACAAAAUUGUAAAAUCUGACAGUUUAAUCAGCAACUGGAAAAUGAGUGGUGCAAAACUGGAGGGACGUUGGGUCACUUCUUAAAUCAAAGAAAUGAACCUGAUAACCUGUACCUGGUUUCUGAAACCCUGUUAAACUUUGAUUCUAGCAGAGUUGCAGGAUACAACAAGAAAGUUGAAAAAUCUACUCCAAGAAAGGCAGUGGAUGUACACUGACUGUGGGUUCUUAUGACAGCCAAGUGACAGCAUACAUGUUGUUUUACAUGCAAAUACGAUUAUCACCUUGAUGUAGCCUUCAAUUCCCUUUAAAAUUGUCAAACAGUUGCACGGAGAUUAAUAUUUUCUCUAAUUUCAUAGACUGUGUAAAAAGCAUCCUCUGAAAAUCUUUACUAAGAGUAGAGAGAUGCCUCUCUGCCCUUAGAAGAGGUAAGUAAACACUGUAUUCUUUUGUAAACACAAAAAUGUUUCGGUUUGGACACUUGAUAUAUAUUUUCUAUCGCAUAUCAGAUUUGAAUGAAGUGGUCUGUACCAAUGUUUUACACAGCAUCCCAACUCUUUUGGAAUUGAGGUUGUACUUUGUGCAAAAUAAGAAAUAUUUAACGUUAAGCUGAAUCUGAAACAGGACUAGUAAUACAUCAUAUUGGUUUUAUAAUGAAAUGUUUUAAGAUCAAAUGUUCCUACUUAAGUUGUGUUUAAAAUAAACAACAAAAACCAUGACAAAAAUUAACACUAGCAUCAUGACACAACAACCAAUCAUUGUUAGCUCUCUGCUUUCGUUACAGACUGAAGUUAUUUCUGUGUUCUAUUGAUUCUGUCUCAACAGUGGGUCAUGUUUGAACUAAUGUGCCGUUUAGUGCUUGAGAUACAUACAAAUAUCAAAGAGCAGCAUGAGUCUUGCUUUAGAGGCAGCCACAUUACUACUUCAAUCACAUGACUUUUUUUGGUUGUCUGCGUGCUUAAAGGUCACUCUGUCACGGGUUAGAAUGAUUUCCUGCUCAAUGUAUAGUGUGUUUUGUUAUUUAGCCUGUGGUCUGGUCUUUUUGGGUCACAUGAAAGAAAACUGAACUUUUAUGAAUCCCUUCUUGAUAUCUGUAUCAAUAAUAUCUUUGAGCUUGUGUUUCUCUCUGUCUGUGCUUUGGUUGAAUACUAAUUUGCAUCGUUUUUUAAGCCACUGAAAGGUCUAGUAAUCAGCGCUUUGAUGUGUGGGUUUUCAAGGCUACGUCUUACACGUAGCAGAGCAAAAAGGAAACGAAUCUGCAUGCUGCAGGUGCAAGUGCAGCAGUGACAAAAGAUAAGGUUUAUUUUUGUGCCAAAGUGAAACCUGAUCAAAAACAAACAGCAGAGGAGUAGAGAUUGCAGUUGGAAAUAAGAGACAAACUGCUUAAGGUACUUUAAAUACAGCGAAUUGUUUCCCAGCCAAAAUCCAGUUUAAUUGCAUUUCCAUGAGUACUGAAUGUUUAAAUUCCUCCAUACUGUGUUUCAGGGUUGGUGUGGAUCCAGAUCAGGACCAGCAGCCCUGUGGAGACAGCUUCCAGGUCUUACAGGGGGUGAGGAUCUCUCUCAGAGCUCAUUUAUUUCCACUUUAUGUCAGUGCGACUCUGUCUGGUGAAUCGGUUUUGCUUCUGCAAUUUUAUGUUGAUGAGAAGCAGAGUCAGCAAGUCUCAAACAUUCAAAUAGUUCAGUCUGUCAGGAAAAUGGAGGGUAAUUUUUUUCUGCAGGAGACAGCAGAAGCAGAGAAACACCGUAAGUUAUGGUGCUAUUCAGACUUUGUUAGAGUCACCUGUGGGGAUGAGUUUUUGCCUUUUUUUAUAAAUCUGCAUCUCACUGUCAUGAUGCAGUUGAUGAUGACAGUAACCAGAUAUCUAUCAGUUUAACAACUUUUCAGUCUUGUAGCAAAAAUUCAUUAUUUUUAAUAGACUUUUCAUACAUAUACAAUAAUAACCUAAGAAAUAAGUUAAAGGACAUUUGAUUGUUGAUCUGAAUGCACAACAAAAUUUUAUUUAGUCACUCAGUCAGUCAUAAUGCAAGGUAUUCACACCAUCAUCUAAAUGAAAAAUGCUAACUUAGGUAAUAAAAAGGCCGAAAGUAAUGUAAUAAAGCAGUGUCAAACUUCAACAAGCAAAAGGAUGAACUGGGUCACGAAUAAAUCAAAUACAUGAGUGGCAGUAGUAAGUUUUGGUGCAGUUAUUGCAGAUUGUUUUACAGUGUAUUGCAAUGUUUUGUAUGUCAGCAUUUAGCCGCUGGAAAAAAGGGUAAAAGAUAAAAUGUGUUUUUUAAGCAUAAUUUGCCAAAGCCAAAAAAACACAACAUUUUUUAAAUGGAUGUUUUAAUUUGGGAUCUGUUUUUUACUUUAGUUAUUUCUGAUUAAAACCUCAGUCUGAAAUGCGUGCUGCAGAUGUAUGCUCAAAUAUUAGGGUAAAAACAGUGUUCACUUAACAGGACCAUCAAAAACCAACAGUUUAAUUGUAAAUUCAACUAUAGUCAAUGUCUUACAACUGUGGAUGUUUUGCACAUUUUAUGCCAAAGUCAUAGAACUGUGAAUGAGGUAUCAAUAAGAUUGCAGCAUAUUCAACCUGAUAAAAAUGUGUCAGUCCAGCUUCAGAUCCUUUUUUGCAGCAGAGUAAGAAUAUGAGAAAAAUGAUUAUUGUGUUUUGUGCUCUUCCAGGAUGGUGGCCAGGCUGAAGGACAGAGUAAAACCAAACAGGAGAGCGCAUGGCUCUUCAGACUGUGGUACACUUUUGAUCACAAGUAUCCUUCCUGUGCCCUGAAAUUAUGUGUUCAUCACUGCUUUUAGACCAAAAGGUAAAUAUCAGGUCUCAUGUCCACUAGUCAGGAUGAAAAUCCAGGGCCUUUUUCCCCUCUAUUCACUGCGAAGAACAUCACCAUAAGAGGUCUCUAUCAGAUUAUCUUUGGAUAUAGGGUUAAGACAACAAACAUGAAUCUAUAAAAUUGUUCCUGGCCUCAGAGACAGCCUGCAGUAAAUGAGUUUAGCGGCCUUCCUCUUAGUUCCAUCCUCCUCCUCUCCCACUAAACAAUUGCCUCCUGAGGUUGCUGGUUGUGAGGCUGCUUUGAGUGGAGCAGCUGUGUUUUACAGUGGAGACUUUCUCCCUGGUGACAUGUGCUUGACGCAGCUGAAACUAGCUGGAUGCAUGUCACUGAAGUAAACAUACACGACACAGGGGAGUUUAGUUACUUUAUUUCUGACCUGUUCAACAGACUGCUGGUUUUAGACAGCUGCCUCUCUCUACAAUUGGAGCCUUGACUUGAACAGCUGAACAGAACGGUGGGUUUUUCCAUGAACUGUAUGAAACGUGUAUGUAGUGUCAGUGGGCCUUACCCACCGAUGCCUUUCCAAGGUUUUUUGAAAUUUGUUCUCAAGACCAGUUUAAGGUUUUGGUUUGUUUGCACCUGUGUACUUGUAUUGAUGAAUGCCGGGUCCUCUUGAGUAUGAGGCUUGUGUAAAUAUCCCUAAAAUGCCUGUACAUGGGCAGGGCCUCGUUUACACAUAUAAAUCACACAGGAUGACAAGGAAGAGGGAAGUUGGCAAUGUCCAGAUUAAUAGCUUAGAGUGAUUGCACACUUGACUUUAUAUAGAAUUAAUAAUUAAGUUGCUCUAAAAUGUUGUGAGAGCUGCUGAAAGUGGCUAUAAAAUGCAUACAGAAAACAAAGGCAAUUAGUGUGGAAAGCUCAGGUGGGUGCUCUUUGUUCCAUAGUGCAUAUUUAGGGUAGAGAUCAAAGCCUGUUUUUGUACCAGGCCAUAAACACUUUAAAUUCUGCUGGAAAAAUGGGCUUUUUAAUUUGAGCUCUGGUGCUUUGGAGAUGGCCUCAAGUGGGCACUUGAAGAAAGACAGUUUUUUGCACUUCAACAUUUGCUCCUAUUUGGAGCACCAAGAGGUUACCCCUUGGGUUCCUGCCACGAUCCAGUACAGCUUGACUUCUUACAAAACAUAUGGAGAGGAGCUUACUGGUUCAUUUUUUGCUUUGCUGCUGCCAAGAACCACAACAUGAUUUUAGCCACAGCUCCCCACAGAAGCUCAUAUAGCUUCAACUCCAAAUAUAUCCAGCUGGCAGGCAGCCUUAACUUUAUGAAACUAAAAUUCGUUUGAAAUAUGUUUCUUUGGAAGGUUGCUGCAGGAGGAGACUUUUUAUUGAAAGUGAUAGGGUGUAAAGUUGGUAUUUUAAAGCAGACUGCUGGUUUUGACAGUUAAAAGGUGCUUUUCGGACAGCAGGAACUUCUCCCAGAGCUAGGGACCUUUCCCGGGAACUCUGUGUUUCGAUCACAGGAACUAGGGUCUAAAUUUAGUUCUGGGGUGCAGGAUUUACUCCUCAAAGAGCCCCUGCUCAGAGCGGGUAGUACUUCCCAACGGUCCGGGGACUGUGGGAGGCAUGACCUGACAAUUUCAUUUACAUAUAAAUAACAGGUCGUUAAUUUACAUGUGACAACUGGCAGCACAGACACGCACACACAGAGGAGAGAAGGGGGAGGAGUUAAUCCUACAUAACCUAAUGUUAUCUGAUCUGUAAAAAUAUAUACUGUAAAUACAAACAUUUUGACUCAGUUUAUGUGCAUUUUCCCAUCUCAGAUUAACAGUUUCAGAGGUUAGUUUUAAAAGGAAACAAUCUUUUUCACAUUGUGAGCUGAUAUAGAGUUACCAAACAGCAAAAAAGUUACACAGUAGAGGUGCCAAAGGGCAACUGAGCAAGAGCAAAUAUUUUCAGGAGCCUGAUGUUUUUAAUAAUCAAUACAGCUCACUUGCUGCCAGUGUGACAUAUGACCAUUUUUUGUAAGAAAAAGCUCAGCAGAGACUUAAGUAAAGAGCCAUGAGGGUAACUUCAUUUCCAAAGACCAUCCAUGGAUGUCAUUGGCCUGAUUUGCAACAUUUACCCUGAUACAUGCUGUAAUCUUGAUGUUUUUUUUGCCUGAAGAAAGAGGAUCUAGACUUGGACUUCUCUGACCCAGAAAGAGUGAGGAUUAAAUGCAUCAAAUUGUGGAAAGAAGUAAAGUCACAGCACACUUUGAAAACUAUGCUGUACACACUAACACAAAACUACAUUUCAGUCAGGAUUUCCACCCUUUUUUAAAAAGUCUGAUAGUGUGAGGCAUUAUUAUUAUUAUAUUAAGCAAUAAUACUAAAACAUUAUUUUAGGAUACAUAAUAUAGCUGACGAAGCCAAAUUUAUGGCUUUUUCCAUUUCUUGCUUUCAUUAAGAAUCAGUACAAAUUUGACAUUCUCAUCAAGAGUUGUAGAGCAUCCUUUUAUGGUGAUAAAAAUAUCAGUGAUUUAUUAAUCUUUGAUUAAGUCAUCUGUAACUUCAUAAUAAUCUUUCAUGAUGGGUUGCAUGUUAUAAGUUUCAUAAAUGCUAUGUUCAAACAGCCUUUGUUGGUUAAAUAAUGGUUGAGCUCUUUGGGUGAAUUCCUUAAUCACUGUCCAGCUACCUGAAGCCGAUCCUGACACACAGUGGUCCCCCUCUCACCUCCACUCUGCCCGCUUACUGCGGACCAUUGGCAAGCUGUCUGACCAGCCCACAGGCAUAUGAGGUGAGUGUCCACAUGCAAUAAAUAUGAUAACAGUAACCAUAAGCACACCACAAACACACUGUGACACUCCUGCAGUGGAGUGAAAAUAACACACUCUGUUGAAAACCUUGUUUCUGCAAGUUUCCAGUCAGGAGAUGCAAAGUAACAAGCAAAUAUUUGGAAAAAGAAUUAGGCACACAUUUCAGCAAUUACACAUCCAGUGAAGUAGAUCAUUUAGAUUUUAUGAACUAGAAAACGACUUAUCCAAUAAUAGAAAUGUCUUAAGAUCCUCUGUCCCACAUUCAGCAGAUUUAACUUAAGGCUACACUUGACAUAAAAAAAAAGUCACUGGAUCAUCACUGUAAACCAUACCAGACAGUAAGCUAGUGAUUUGCUCUCCAGAUAAGUAGGGUGUUAGCUUGACAGCUCAUCAUCACAAAAAAAAGGAAAAUUUAAGAAACACACCAGGGUGUUAGCUACUGUGGAUCCUGUUUUUCCAGACCAUCAUUCAGAACCACACUACACUAUCCACAUGCGGUUAGCUCAUCAGUUAGCUUACUUGCACAGCUAAUAAUUACAAACAAUAUUUGAUUGCUUGUAGCUACUGAGCAUUAUACAAAACACACUUAAAUAUUAGCUGUGGGUUAUCUCACUAACCUACCAUUUAAAAUCACACUAGUUACAUGGCAAGUGGAUUGUUUACAAGCCUUUCCCCCCCAAAAAAAAACAAAAAACAAACAAACAAACAAAAAAAAAACACGACCAUAAGCUUGUUAGCUCACAAAAAAAAGAAGUAGACUGUUAGCUAGUGUUAAGCUAACAGGUUCACCAUUUAAAACCAUGUUAGCUUGUUAGUUAGCGUCAUGCUUUAGUGUUUAGCAGUUUCUUACAAGGAGAUACAGUAUGUUUGCAGAUGAAUUGGUCAAAGACUCCUGUGUAGGUCUGUUGUUUUUAGAUUACUGUUACUGUUUACUGAGUAAUAGUUUCUAUAAAGAGAACUGUUCCCUUCUGUUGAUAUUUCAGUGAUAUUUCAGAAAUGUUUUGCUGUUGCUCAUGUCAUUAUACUGACAUGUCUAUUUCCAUGAGCUUCACUGAUUAUUUACAUAUAUAUAUAUAUAUAUAUAUAUAUGUGUGUGUGUGUGUGUGUGUGUGUGUGUGUGUGUGUGUGUGUGUGUAUGCAGUACAGGCCAAAGGUUUGGGCACACUUUCUCAUUCAAUGCAUUUUCUUUAUUCUCAUUACUAUUUUAAUUGUAGAUUCUCAGUAAAGGCAUCAAAACUAUGAAUGAACACGUGGAAUCGUGCUUAAGAAAAAUGUGUGAAAUAACUGAAAACGUGUUUUAUAUUUUAGAUUCCUCAAAUUAGCCACCCUUUGCUUAUUUGAUAGCGCUGCAAACUUUUGCUGUUCUCUCAAUGAGCUUCAUGAGGUAGUCACCUGGAAUGGUUUUUACUUCACAGGUGUGCCUUGUUAGGGUUACUUAGUACUGACAGAGUCAUUCACUAAGUACUUCUGUCAUCAAGAGCAAAGGGUGGCUAUUUAAAAGAAACUAGAAUGUAAAACAUGUUUUCAGUUAUUCCACACUUUUUUUGUAAGUACAAAAUUCUACAUGUGUUCAUUCACAGUUUUGAUGUCUUCACUGAGAAUCUACAAUGUAAAUAGUCAGAUAAAAAAUAAAGAAAAGACAUUGAAUGAGUAGGUGUGUCCAAACCUUUGGCCUGUACUGUAUAUAUAUAUAUAUAUAUAUAUAUAUAUACAUAUAUUAAGUGGUGGUUUUCUUUUUCUUUUCUGUGUUCAGAGCACAGUCCACUUCCUCAGUGAGGCUUUCCCUGAAUACUGAAUGUUUUUCUCUCAGGAGAAUUGUGAUACUGCCUAAGCAUUCUCAGUGCCUGCCAGUAAACAAAGCACAAAGCCUUCAGCAAGAGAGAAAAUGGACAGUCAAGAAGCCUUUUUACAUUUAGAGAGCACAAAAGGUUCUUUUCAGCACCACCUCAAUGUUGGUCACUGUUCUGAGAGUGUCUGUGCUCCAAUAUUUUAGAUACAGAAACAUCCAUUCACAGAGGGGUCACACUCAGAUUCACUCUGGCAAAUCACCCUUUUCAUUUCACACUAAGUACUUUCAAGCAGAGGAUUUUAUCUAUUAAACUGUCCCUUCCCACUAACUCAAAGAGCCUGUCUCCGAGUUGUGUACUGCAAAGAGCACUCAUAUUAUCUGCAAUUUAAAUCUAAUUCCCUCAAAUUAAAAUACUGUCGGAAGCUCAACAUUCAGAAAUGUUUUCCUCUCCUGGGCUGUUGCUGUUGGUUUCCAGCAUUGAGCUCCCUGCCAGACCAGCCCUGAGUUUGGGUGGGUGUUCAUAAAAUCAGGACCGUCCAGGCGGAGCUUUGUGCUGCCAAAUGGGAAGAGGCUGUAUUUAAUAAAGCUCCAAGCUUGCUUCCCUCUCGGUUAUGGAUAUAAUGAAUUUGGGAAGGGAUAACAAGUCCAUAAAGAGCACUUGGGUUUCCCCCUAACUUUUCUGAAUGGGGUUGAUGGAUAAAAGUGUUUAUGCUGUUUCUAUAGUAAACAGACAUGUCCUUUUUUCAAAACUACAAAAAAAGAACAAUACUGUUUAUUUCAUUCCUAAGGCUUUGUAAAAACUCCCCGAGGAUCUUUUUUUAGAAGAUGAAGCUUUAAGUUUUUUUCUUGUUCAGACGAAAGAAUAACAAAGCCAACAAUACUCAAUUUUCUGACUCAACUGUGCAGCACUAAUUCCUGGUUCUGCUAAGUUUUCAUGUUCAGUUUCAUUUUCUGAGAUGAAGCAAUUUAUCAAAGCAGCUGAGCACUACAGUUUCUAAGAAAUGCUUUUAAGUCUGAUUUAAAAGUGCCUCACCUCUGGACUAUUUUUACAUGCGGAUUAAACCUGUAUUCAGGAGGCUACUUAAAAGGCCAUGACAGUGUAUUUAAGACCAUCUAAAAAUAGCCUAACUUCACUGACUAUGUUUGAAGUUAUAAGGGGACAAAAUAUAAAUCUGUGUUGUCUUUGAGAGAUUUAAGUUCAUGACUACAGAAGCAGCAUUUGUUAGAGUUUGUGAUUUUGUCCAUAUAAGGAAAUGAUUGACAAUCAAAACAAUGAAAAAAAUCACCCAAGUAUAUCUUUUUCAGAAAAUGCAAAAAUACCCAUUCACACAUGCACAGCAUAAAACCAGCAAAGAUUUAGAGGCCCUGUUUUGUUCACGUCUGCUUGAACAACAAUAACCAGAUUCGAGACACAAAAAUGUCCUUUCUUCAAAAAUUUGUUUGGCCAAAAAACAGAAGAGUAACAAGAGAGUUCUGCCGGUUGACAAUGGUGGUUUGCUUUUAGCUGGAGUUGCAGCUGAAAAGACAAUGCUACAGAUAUUUCAGAUUUUGAAAGGGAGGGUGCAUUUGGUGUGCUGGCUGUGAGAAAUGUCAACCAGAUUUGUUGUUCAUGAACUGAGUGUUCUUUUCAACAAACUGACUACUUUUGUUACAGAGAUUUGGCUGCACAUCCAACCAGCCUCACACGACAAACUGCAUACACCACACCAGCUCAGUAGUGUGUAGUGCAGAAAUGAUUUGCUUAUGCAAAAACAAUGUUGGAUCAGCUUCUUGAUGUCUGGUUUUGUAAGAUGUAACAGAUAAAAAAGCGGGAUGAGGACAGCCUGGGAUGGAGGGGUUGUGCAUGGCUUGUGGUUGUGAUGGCAGUUGGAUGUCUUACUAAAUUCUGAAAAACAGCCCUGGAGAUUACGCAAGGUCAUGAAACUGUUCACAGGCUAACUGUGACAAAGUCCUCUUCAGAGACCCAUGAGUGACGUCACUCAUGGGUCUCUGAAGAGGUAUGUUAGAAUAAAAGAUGGGGCCCUCUUGAUUGGAAAUGCUAAGUUUGGCGAACUUCUGUCUGAUCUUGUAAAUGGAAAAGAUGGUGUUGCAGUGCCUUUCUAGAAUAAAAAUCCUGAGUAGUUGUUAGAAGAAUGAAAAGAGGUAUUAAGAUGAAAACAGGCUCUGGACAUUAUGUGUAUUUCUUUGGUUAGAAUUUAAAUUUUAAUAUGGGCUUCUAUGGGGUGCUUUGGACCUUUAGGACAGCCUCAAGUGGACACUUGAGGUACUAAAGUUUUUUGCAUUUCAGCAUUGACCUAAUUUUUAAACACCAGAGACUGCUGCAUGAUAAAACUUCACUUUUUACAGCUGCCAUUGCUACUAACCAAACCUCUUCAGUGUUUUUGCAGUUAAUCACUAACACAGCUUUUAAACACUGUAUGUCAGAAUGCGAUCGAUUUUGUGCAUAUGAAAAGGGUUAAAUCUCAUAAAUUCACUCACAGCAAGUGGGAGCAAUACAAGACAUGUGACAUUUUUUUGUAGAAUGCUGGAUGGAUUUAUUAGGAUUUAUUUGAUCCCAAUGGCCCUCCUAGAUAAUUGUUGGAAAGAAGAGGUUAUGUAAUUUCCUUUUUUUGUUGUUGAUCCCUUCAUCUGAGUAAUCCCUGCUGACCCGAUGUUCACUCAUCCUGUUUGCCCGGGGGACAUGGCCGGGCCAUCGAUUGUCAGCCAGUCAAUUAGAGCUGGGGGAACCAAUGCUAUAGAUUCAGAGUGAUCCACAAACCAGAAGGCAAUCUAUGAGCUAGCACUGAGUGUGAAACUUUUCUAACAAGAUGCUGCAAGAUCACUUCACAGCUGUCAGAGUUUGCAUUAUUACAGUAGUGUUGUUGUUUUUGUACAGUUUGUGGUGUCCUGUUUUUUUUUUUUCAUUUGUUUUGAUUGAAUUAGAUACUGCAGAAAAGUCCACCAAGUGAAAGUCUCCUCCUUUCCUCUCUGUAAAUCCACAGUGUCCCUUAUGAGCCUUUACACUGUUAAAGUCAGUCUGUUUAUGUUUUCACUCUGUGUGUCCUACAUCUGUGUUUUUGUGUGUGUGUGUGUGUGUGUGUCCCCUCAUGUCCUGCUCCCCUCCCCCUCAUGUUCCACUGUGUGUGUUUUCAGAACCACGAGCAGCUGAGAGACAACGAAGCUGACCUCCUUCGCAACGAUGGCGACCUGACCUUCACGUUCGGUGACACUGCCAUCACAGCAAACGGGGCAUCUGGCGGCAGUGGGGACGUUGCUGGAGGGUCUGGCUGGAGCGCCAAUGGGAAAAGAAGCGGCAGCACGUCAGAGGAGGCGCUUGAGCGUGAGCUGGACUCCCGUGAGCAGGAGCUGCUGAGCCGAGGCACACGCCUGGUUUUCCCAAUGGAGGAUCACGUCUGACCCUUCUCUCGUAUCUGCUCUCACCUUCCUGACCUGACCCCAAGCCCGCCUCUCCAAUUAGCUCCCUCUCUACAUCCUGCAGGCAGAGCGUCCAGCCCCUCAGAGAUGAGACAGAGUGAGGAGACAUAAGAAAGGGAGGCUUCAGAGACACUAUGAGCUCCAUCCAGGCCCCCCUGAGCUGAGCAAAAGGAGCAUUUCAUCUUCAUUACUGGAAUUUGAUCUCCAGAAGACAUGUAUCCUUAAGUACACAAGAAGAUAAAAUCUCCAUGAUGUUCUACUGUGAUUUAGUUUCCUCUCAGUAAACAAGAGGGACACAGUUAUGCAGAAAAAGAGACAAAAAGUUCUCAAAGAAGAUAAAGUCUGCACUUUUGAGCAUCUGACACCGUGUGUGUUCAGCUGAAGAGAGACUGAAGUUGAAACAUUUCCUGGAGGCCCUCUUUGUCUUCAUCUGAGCAGUUUGUCCUCACAGAUCUCCACUGACGAUAAGAAGAUGUGGUCUGUACAAAAUCACAGCAUUUUUAAAAGAUGAAAUUAGGCUGAACACAAAUCAAGCUUUUACAGAUCAAACAGGAUCUCUGUGGUAAAUGUGAAUCAUUCAUGUGAUUGGUGAUGAUGCCCUUUGUGCUACACAGACGCAACUGUGUAAAGGAGACCGUGUGUGAGGAGGAGACAUAAAUGAGCUGCUCCUCAGCCAACCACAGCUCGCCAUGGGUGAAGAAACGGGGUGAAGAAUGUGAGCAUGUAAAUAGCUACAAUACCAAGCUUUGUUCCUCUCUGGUGAGACUGCUUCUGUUCGAGCGUUACACCCCCUGACUGUAACAAAUAGCACCUCUGUAUCUUGUCUUGGAACUUGGCCAGAUUUGGUGAUCUGGGCAGUUUUCACCAAAUAACAUGACCAAGAACAAAAGGGAUUUUAUGGCAAAUAUCCUGUCUUCGCUAAUUCCCCCAAACUUUAGGGACAGUUAUGAGAAAACAAGGAGAUGAAAAGACUCCUUUGAUACAAUCAUAGAACAGCUGAAGUUCUGUGAAAUACAGAGGAAGCUUGUAAGAUUUUUUGGCAUGAAAUAAGUAUUUAGCUUCUGAUUUAGGGUUAUAAAAUUGUCUCCAUUUAUUUGAGCAGUAAAAGUUUUUUUAGAAGUGAUCCUGAUAAUCAUUGCCCAUAAAAUGUCAUAAAAUAGUAAAAACCGUCAUCAGAUUUCUUUGAAUACCCAAGGCGAUGCUGUGUAUUUCACAGCCAAUCGCUCAAAAUGGAAAAAGAUUAGGAAAGUUUUACAGCAAAGAGAUUACAAGAUGCUUGAGCCAGUGAAUAUUUCACGUUCUGACUUGAAAAAUUACCCUUUUUAGGGCUGAAUGCAUUUAAUACAUCCAUCCAGGAGCAGUGCAGCAAAGCAUGAAAGCUGCAGAGUAUUUCAUUAAACUUUCUGAAGAGGGAUGCAUGAUAUUGGAUUUUUGACAACAUCAAAUAUAUCAGUAUUUUCAAUCCCCUCUUGGCUGAUACUGAUAUAAAGAUGCCAAUCAAAGUGCAACUAGUUAUCAAGAGAAAUGAAUAUUGAUUUUUUUUCCUCAUGCUCCUUUACCUGUCAGUGCUCACUGUCAUAUUUUGUUGUUUCAUUGUGUGGCUGAAGUGUAGGCUGUUGACUAGAUCACAUUGGAACAGAAACAUUUUUCUUCAUCCUUUUCUGAAACCCUGCUGUUCAUGAUGAUGCUUCAGUUUCACUAUCGAAACUAAAGUGUUGUUUUCCUCCUCUCAUCACCUGUUCUUCACAAGUACUGCACAUAGCUUUAAUGCUGUGUCUUACACUUCAUAAUUCCUCCACACAGUGGGCUUUUUGAGGCUCAUUGUUGGUGUGGUGUCUUUGUGUGUGCAUUAUUAAUGCAUCAUCUCAUCUGUUUGAACUUCAGUGGAAAUUUUCAUAUCUGCAGAUGCUGAUAAUAUGCUGAUGAUAUCAUGCAUCCCUAUUUUUAAAGUGAAAGCUUGUAUGGACAUAUUGAGUUUCAGUGUUAGUUUUUAAAGAAGUCCAAACUAUAUGAAGAAAACUGCCCCGGACAGAUUUGUGAGUCAUUUAAGAGUUUUUUGCACAUAACCUCACUAAGCAGUGCUCACCCACCUCAUUAACAGUGUUAACGCUCUCAAACAGGGGUGUCUCUGGGAAAAUUGUCCAGUAGUUAGAUCUGGAAUCCCCGCUGCCAUGGCUUGGCAAAACAAGCUGAUUUUACCACCAAAGUUUCUGGGUCAACUGCAAAACCUAAUCACUAUAAAUUUUGUUCUUGUGUUGCAUUUUUUCAAAAGAAAAAAAGGAAAGUUUUUGAAAAAUUUCAGUUUUCCAAAACAGGCCACAUCAUCAGAGUGAUAGGUUGAACUCAUUGGAUAGCUGGUUAAACAUGAGGUGUGUCUAAAAAUCAUAAUACAUCCAAUACUUGGACUAUGUAUGUCGAGGAUCAUAAUGUCUGUGAGGGAAAUAUGGUCAGUCCUCUGCAAGUAGCCUCACAAAAAAGUCUUUAAAAGGAGAAACAGCAAGCCAUUUUGUCUGCUCUGGUAAUCCAUUAAGACCCCCCUAAACGAAAGUGUGUAUACUACACCUGUUACAGAAGGGAUGAUGAGAAGUGAAAGCUUGGUGAUGCCAGGUCUAAUCUUGGCAGAGCAAGCAACGCCCUGAUAUGAAGCAGAGAGGCCUUGACUCACCCUGACAGGUUUCAGUUUACUCAACAUCCUGAUCACUGUACAUUUUUCCACUUAUUACCCAGCUACCAUCAAAAGAUAUAUGCAGACUGAAGCAAAAUAUCGGCUUCAAGAUGAUGGAUCCACACAGCCGUGAACGUAGUCCCUCUGUCCUCAUUUAGCUCUUCUUCCUGUCUGAGCUAAUCUGUCACACACCUAAAAACAUAAAUGAGGCAAAUGUCACAACUUUACACACUGUUGCUAUUAUCACUGCUGCUUCUGAUUGAAGUUACUCUUCAGAGAUCAGCAGUUUAGAGAUGAUCUCUUCAGCUCUGCGGCUGUUGUGUGGAUCGCAGAACAAGUUGCUGCUCCACUAAACUCUGUCAGGGAUGGCUUGAGUCCAGUAGCUAUUCAGGCUGCUCUCCCACCUGCGCGGCUAACUGUCAUCAUUUACCCACUCAAGUCCCAUCAGGGAGGGAAACUUAUACUUUUGCCACUGUGUCAAGAAGCAGAAGUGAAGUUCGUUAGACCCCUUUGUGCCGAUUGAUUUGUGAUGACUCGUCAUUUUUGUCUGUUAAUCACCAUGUAUGUGGAGUUUGGCUUAAUUACAAUCAAGUAUAUGACACAACUGGCUAAGAAAACUAGACAAUAAUUACUUUUCUUCUGCUCAAACCAAGACAGCUUUCUCCUGCUGUCAUCAAUUUUCAGACUAAGUAAAGUGAACAGACUACAGGCUGUAUCAGAAAGCCAGAAAGCUAAAAGGCUUACUUCUGGGAAAAAAAGAAAAAACAGUUGCUCUGAGCUCUUUGUGCAGCUUUAACAUUUUAUCUGGCAGUGGCUUCAGUACAUGAAUGAUAAUAAUAAUAAUAAUAAUGAUAAUAACAAUAACAUAGAGACCUCCCUGAGGGUUUAUUAUAUGAAGCCUGAACAUCCAUUUCCCUCAGAGAUGCAGCCGCCUACCAAUAAUAACAGGAACACAUGUUGUACUCCUUGGCCCUCUGGUGCACUUCUGAUGAAGCUGGAGCAGUAUUUUCAUCAAACAUAAUUAUUGCUUAAAAAUCUGUUUUAUUUUACUACAGGCAUAGUGAUGGCGGCCCUGAAGGUCAGUUGCACAACCAUUUUAUGAGAUGAAAACAUUUAAAGGAAUGUCACAAAAGUGCACAAUUAUAUCCCAAAUUAAGGAAAAACGUUUUGGAAAACAAAACAUGAAUCUUGUAAAAUUUCUCAAAACUCCAAAACAUGUCAUGCAAAAAUCAUCUUUUGGGGUUUUAUGAAGUAUUUCUUUUCUUUAUAAAACAAACUUAAUUUUUUUGUGUUUUAUUUUUAGAUUGAAGUCGUUUUCUUUGUAACUCUUUUGCUUUUAAAGUGAUAUUUGUGCAUUUUGUGGAAUUGUUUUUUUGCAUCAAUGAAACAUUUUAGUGUUUCAUGAAAUAUUUUUGCACUUUGUGAUCAUUUUGGUGUUAGCUGAAAAAUUUUUUGUGUUGCAAAUGUUUUUGCAGUUGAACUUAAGGGCCACUAUGGAGAUUACAUUAAAUAUAGCUUAAACUAGAUAACAAUGUGAAUUGAUUUGACCCGGGGCCACCAGCAGAGUCGUUUUAAAUGAGGUAACUAAUUCAGGAGUCGUUGGCAAUAGCUGAUCAUUGUUGUGAGACAAUGCUUCUGAAUGUCCCACUGAUAUUUCCCUUAAAGGAUCACUGAACCUCAUUGUUAUCCUGACAGGCUUGAUUUGCAUCACUUUGUGUGACCUGUAGAAGUGUUUCUUUAUACAUCAGUAACUCUUGUACUGACAAUGUACUGACCAUAUUUCCUCACUUUGUAUUGAAGCUUUUAGAUUUCCUCCUACGCAGCAUAGGGAGGAAAAAAAAUCAUCCAUUUGCAUAUUUUCCCCCUUCAGGUGUUACGUUAAGAUCUUAUCAAAUAAUGUAAAUAGAAACAUGAUAAGUUGCAGGUUUUUCCAGCCUCACAGAGCCGUAUCCCGGUCCUGUGGGGUGGUGAAGCAGCUGGCGUACCAACAACCCACUCUGGGAGGAUGUGGAAGUUUCUUAAGUUGUUUUUUUUUCCAAGGCAUCAACACAUUUUCUGUUCCCUUUACCACGUCUAGACAUCGGAGCCUCACUCUGCUUAAAAUUCACCACACAACACGUGUCGCCUUUUGUUUUUCUCCUUCCUUCACUACUUGCAUUAAUGUACCAGUACACAAUGGCAGGUGUCAAAGGCUCGAUUGUGCAAGUCAAAUCUGAGGCUUUCACACGGCAGAGAAGCUCUGCACAAGUCUCAUGUCUCAGGAGGGAUCUCCAAGAGGAAAUGAGUGUAGUUAUGUAAGCUGUUCCUGAGCUGUUUGCACUGUGGGUCAUUUUAAUUCAAGCUGGAAAGUGAAGUAAUGCGAGGCUGUGCUUUCUAACAUCUUCUCCCCAGAUAGCCAAGCCUCAUCUGUAUCUAGGGCAUUAAAUAAUCACUUGUUCGCCAUUUUGUCUGGACUGUUGAACUUGCAGUGCUGCUCACAUUAUCAUUUCUAUGCGAAGGAAUGCUAACACAACCUCAAGACAGACCUUUUAAUUAGAUUAUCACAAACAGCCAGUAUAAUGUUGUCUCUCGACUGUGAAAAAUACAUAAAUCUGUGAACGUCUCCCCAGGAUUCCUGCAGAAUUAACUUACUGAAGUGCAGAAGGAGACUGAACAUGAGCUAAAAUUUACAGACAAAUCCAGUUUUGACUGUAAGGGGAUGAAGCUCUUUAUGGACAUCAUCAUUUUCAUCAUAAUGGAUGGUUUUCCUGUAUGCAGACAGAUAUGUGGGCAGAGUAUUGGCACUUUACCUCAAGCAGAGGACACUUGUUUAACCUCUCAUGUGUACUCUAUCUCCAGACUGUUGUGCUGUCAGUUGUCUUGCUGGCUAUAUUUACAUGCUCUCUGUACCUGAGAAAUAUGAGAUGUAGCUAACUUGUCAAUAUGUGCACCUGUUGUUUACUAGUAGCAACUGGCUGCCUGGUUCUACCUGCCAUGGAUUGCAUGUCAACAUGUUAAUAAAAACUGUCAGAUUAUGUAGCUACUCUGUUGUCUUUUUUGGGUCAAACCAUAGACGAUAUAUAGAAGACUGUAUAUAGAUGCAUAUAUAGAUACAGUCUGUGGGCUAAGCAUUGCAUGUUUUCAGAGUUAGAGGUACUUUGAUUAGAGGCACUCAAUUUGAGUGUUUUAAUCACUUCAUAUGUUAGAUAUGGAAGAGGAUAACAACCAGGGCUGCCAAUAUAUCUCUACACAGCAUUUAGGUCCAGAUAUAUUUAUGUAUUUUUUAAUUAUGUGCUAUUUGGUCCCCCUAAGAGCACCAUAGUUGAGCCACUGCAGUGUCUUCCUGCUGCCAUCAUGAUGGAAAAUAAUGCCACUGCACUUAAAACAAGCCAAGAGGACACUGUUAAUCAAGGGGUGUGUGAAUCUUGGGGAUAAAAAUGAAUCAAUUAUAUUAACCACCGUGCUUGCUGAAUGGGUGGCUACUGACUGCAGGCCAGUCAGCACAGAGGGAGACAUCAUGGUAUUCAGUUGAUUCUCAGACAAGACAUUGGUAAGAACUAAAAUGUUUCCCAAAUUUUUGAAUGGCAAAAUGACAGACUUUUAAAUAUGCUAAUAAAAAUGUAAUUGAAUGCAAUCAAGAUCUGGAAAAAGUUUAUUAAAAUGAAGCCUUUCCAAA